GUUCAGGCUGAAGGCGAGAGAAGAGCAGGAGCCGCUCGCCUGCCCAGAUCAUGGCUGCUGCCGCCUCCUCCGCCUCCGCCCCCACCGCCGCUUCUCCUCCUGCGGUGAUGGACCGGGAGAGCCUCUCGCCCGCGGCGGCGUCCAGCUAAUCCCCAUAGGGCGCCAUGGAGCCCAGUGGCCUCGGGGAGCCACCGAACCUGAUGCAGUUUCUGCGGAAGCUCAAGGAGGUCUUCGAUGUGUGCGAUGAGGACGCCGACGGCUUCAUCCGGGUGGAGCACUUCGUCGCCCUGGGGCUGCAGUUUGGCCAGGGGGAUGAGGUAAGGCAACUUGGUGGUGGUGGUGGGGGGACCUGCGUUCCCGCCCGAUAUUUAAGAACUGCCUUUCCUUCAGGGUGGAGCAUUAUUCUUGGGGCUCCCCAAAUCUCACUAAGCCCUAUUUCUGAGACUGCUCCCUCACCCACAACCUCCAGAUUCUAUCAGAAUGAUACACAUCUCUUACAGCACAGACAGGGUCUCAGGGUUUCAGAAAUGGUGUCCAGGAAUGUGUGGAAUAAUGGCAUGCCUCUGAGCAUGUGCAGAGGGCCUUUCCCUCACUGCUGUGGCUGCCAUAUGUUUAAGUAAGCCGUUGAGCCUUUGUGCUGGCUUCUAUCUUCACGGCCCGUACUUUAGAAAAUACGCACUAAAGGAGCACCCUUCUUCUUGGGGGGAGUCAGAGACUCCUACUCCCCAUGCAGAAGACUGGUGCAUUGAAGAGAGCAACAGUGGAACACCAUAAAACAGAGAUUGAGGCAUGUUCUUGGUGCUGAACCCCAUAGAAGCACCAAGUGCCCUAGUCAGGACUGGGGGUAUAUCCCUGUGUCACAGAACGGAACGUACUUGCAUGGAAAUCUGUGGAGCAGAGUGACGUCUUAAGGAGCCUACAUUGGCCACCCCUGGUUUCAUCGCUCUAUGCUUCCAAAUGACUUGAGAUACAUUUAUGGCCCUGAAUCCUGCAUGUAGUUGCAACAUUUCACCAAUAGCCUUAGGCAGGGAGAUGAUGUGCACAACACUUUAAAAGCAGUUAUUGCAAUGAAAACUGAAUCCCCGUUGUGAGAAUUGCCUUCCCCACCCCCCUUACUUGUAAUUGACCAUCACAUGUUUGCUCCUUAGUCACGUCUUCUGUGUUACAGAUUUUGGACAGACUUAUUUUCUCAUCUUCCCUAUAUACUUCCCAUAGCCUACUAGACAACAACAGCAACCUUAUUUUUUACCCAUCCCUGCUCCCCUGGCCACUAGUAUCGUUCUUACCUGCUGUUGGUUUUCUCUUUUUUUAAUUGCCUGAUCUCACUAGCAGUUGACUUGUUUCAUUGGGUGAUUAUGCGAAGAAUGUCAAUAUCUGUAGGGCAAAGCUCUUCGAACUAUUUGCGUGAUUGCUGAACAGGACUAGAACACAGUUUCUUUCUCUAAAACAGCCUACAGGCAUCCCACAAAGGGGGAAUGUUGGAAGAUUUUGGUACUGGUCUUGCUGACAAUUUCUUUUGAUGCAAAUAUGGAGGAGGGCUUUUGUGCUUCAUCAAAGUGUUUGAACUUGGUUCGUCUUUGUUUUCCCUUUGCUCUGAUAUGGAGUGUCAAUAAAGUUGGUAGCUUUACCAAGGCAUCCAAUGAAUGUGUUGUAUUGUACAGUAACAGAAGACCCUUGAGCUUCAAAGCCCCAAAACCAUUAUGUUGAAGCCAUCAACAAUUCUAAAACAACUGGGUUUGAGAAUCAUAAUUGGUUUGAAGACCAUAACUUAACUUUGGAGCUGAAUGGAACUACCGGACAUCAAAACUAGUUUGAGUAUCAAAUGUGUUUUCAGUUUGCUUGUUUGUUUACGAUCUAUGCCACAGGCCGAAAACCUGUAGCCUUCCAGAGAUGUUGUUGGUUUCCAGUUCCCAGCAACCCAAACCAGCAUGGUCAAUGGUAAGGAAUGGUGGGAGUUGCGGUCCAACAACAUCUGGAGGGCCACAGCUUUGUCACCAUUUUUCUAUGACCUCCAGAAGACAUCAUUUUAUACUUAAAAUGGCCAUUGACUCCCUCCAGUGAUAGUAUUUUCAAAGGCAGUAAUGUCACCUCAGGCCAGGCAUAGGCAAACUCGGCCCUCCAGAUGUUUUGAGACUACAGUUCCCAUCAUCCCUGACCACUGGUCCUGUUAGCUAGGGAUGGUGGAAGUUGUAGUCCCAAAACAUCUGGAGGGCCAAGUUUGCCUGUGCCUGGCUGAGGCAUGUUUGAGAUUCGUGGUUUUAACUUUCUUGCCGGACCCGAAGACACUUAAUCUCAGAUCAGCGUAACAUUCAGCCUUCUAUUUUAUAUCUAUAUCUAUAAUUAAAUUUUCAAAAGUUUAACGUACUCACUUGUAUACAUAGUAUUUUUUUCUUUGGUUUUGUAGACUUCCCAUCCCAUUUUCCAUGGUGUUUUUAGUUUACCCUGUUUGCUGCACCCGUCUUCUAUCUCUUAUACCAUAACAACAAUACUAUAAUCUCUAAUUCCUUCUGUUGCUCAUAGUUCAAAUCCUGCUCAUGAGUUCAUCAUAUUAUGGAAUUUCUUUAAGUAAUCCGAAAAAGGCUUCCAUUCUGCUACAAAGCAAUAGUCCAUCACAUUGCUUAUCCAUUCUUCUUUGGUGGGAACUUCUUCUUCCUUCCAUUUUUUGCAUAAAGAAUCCUAGCUGUUGUCCUUACAUACACAAACAGCUUAAUCAUCCUUUUUUGAAACUUAUAUAUGUUGUUGGACUACAACUCCCACCAUCCCUGGCUAUUUGUCCAUGCUGGCUGUGGAUGAUGGGAUUUGUAGUCCAAAAACAUCUGGAGGGCCACAGGUUCGCCACCUCUAAUGGAGACAAAUAAGUUUUAGCAGGUGCAGCUUUCAUUUAUGCAUAUAUACGCCGUUUUUCCAUCAGAAAGAUCCGUGAGGUGGCUUACAACAAUUGAAAGAUAAGAACACACGUAUUAAUUGAAACCAGCUUUGGACAUAGCAACAGGGUGCAACUAACAAUAUCAGCAUCAACAGAGUUAAAAAGAAAAGUGAUGCUUAAACUACAGGGAACCGAAACAGUUAAUGUGCAACCACAAAAGUUUUACAAAAUUGUAAGGUUUUUGGUCUGAUGCCUACAAGGAAGGAGCCAGGUGAGCUUUUUGCCACUAAUCAAGAGUGACUCACAAGAUGGUGCUCUUUCUUGUGAUGGCCUAUGGGGUCUUGAAUUGUGGAGGCAUUAGGAAUAGGACCACCAGGGAUGAUGUGAGUAAUUGGACAGGUUGUCAUAGGAGUAGGCAGUCCUUGAGAGAUCUGGGCAGCAGGUGAAAAUACUGCAUUUGGCAUUUUUUCCAACUCUACAUAAUUCUUAAAGAUACCUUUCAGUAGAGAAUGUUUUAUUGAAUUGUUAUGGAAAUUAUCAACAGGACAACGGAAAUGGAUUUUCCAUGUCCUAAUGGUGGCCAAGAGAUUGAUAUUGAGGAAUUGGAAAAAUAAAGAGAUGAUACCCUUCAGUCAAUGGACUGAUGAUAUAUCACUGGCAAUUUAUGAAUGGACUUCUUAAAGGCGCAGACUCUGUAUGGAUAAAUAUGAUAACAUUUGGAAUGAGUUUAUACAAAAUGCAGUGGGCUGUUAGCAUUUACAUAAGCACUAGGACAACAACAAUAUACCAAUUUAUACAAGAAUGUAUGGGAAAAUCGUAUAUUGCUUUUUUUGUAUAUUCUCGUUUUUAUAUGUAUCGUCGUUGUUGUUCUCCCUCUCACUUUUCCUUCUUUCCCCCCCUGUAUCACUUUAUUUCUUUUAACUGAAAUCGCCUUAAUAAAAAUAUAAAUAUUUAAAAAUAAUUCUUAAAGAUAUGGGAGCUCUAAACAGGCCUUUUCUGUGGUGGCUCCCCCAUCUGUGGAAUGCUUUCCCCAGGGAGGUUCGCUGGGUGCCUUCAUUAUACACCUUUAGGUGCCAGGCAAAAACAUUCCUCUCAGGCAGGCAUAGGCAAACUUGGCCCUCCAGAUGUUUUGAGACUACAGUUCCCAUCAUCCCUGACCACCAGUCCUGUUAGCUAGGGGUGAUGGGAAUUGUAGUCCCAAAUACCUGAAGGGCCGAGUUUGCCUAUGCCUGCUCUCAGGCCUUUGGUUGAUUGACAUUCAAUGCCCUUCAAAAAUGUGUUUGGGUGGGGGUGUUAUUGGGUUGUUCUAUUUUUUAAUUUUGAUUAUGUAUUUUGUGUUUUUAUAUUGUGAUUUUGUCCUGUGAACUGCCCUAAGACCUACGGGUGUAAGGCGGUGUACCAAUUUAAUUAACAACAACAAUAAAAAUAAUAAUAAUAAUGACAAGCCUUGGCUAGUGUAGCUAUACCAAUGCAAUUGUGCUGUCUUGAGUUGCUUCAGUUGUUUUGAUUUUGGCGUUGCGUUGGUAACAUUUUUUGCCCUUCCUCAGCAAGUCCUAGGGUUAGGGCCCAGGGGUCAGCAAACCUUUUCAGCAGGAGGCCGGUCCACUGUCCCUCAGACCUUGUGGGGGGCCGGGCUAUAUUUUUUUUUGGGGGGGGAGAACGAAUUCCUAUGCCCCACAAAUAACCCAGAGAUUCAUUUUAAAUAAAAGCACACAUUCUACUCAUUUAAAAACACCAGGCAGACCCCGCAAAUAACCCAGAGAUGCAUUUUAAAUAAAAGCACACAUUCUACUCAUGUAAAAAACAUGCUGAUUCCCGGACUGUCUGCGGGCCGGAUUUAGAAGGUGAUUGGGCCAGAUUUGGCCCCUGGGCCUUAGUUUGCCUACCCAUGGUUUAGGCUGCCAUGAUGUAAAUAGCAGUGCAAUUCAAAUAUGGAUGGGAGCCUGGGUGAUAAAAGUUUAGCCUCUUGAUGAUGAGCACUGAACAUUUAGUGGAAGACUGCAGAGGAGUGAGGCCUGAGAGAUUGUAUUCCCUUUGUAGAGUUGCAUCGAAGAGAAAAGGUCCUGCAGGUGCCUCUCACCUCAUCCUCUCCCAUUACAGUGAUACCUCGGUUUAAGAACAGUCCUGUUUACAAACGAUUCAGUUUACAAACUUGGCAAAACCGGAAGUAGUGUCCCGGUUUGUGAACUUUACCUCGGUCUAAGAACAGAAUCCGAACAGUGGAAGGGCACCGGCGGCGGGAGGCCUCAUUAGGGAAAGCACGCCUCGGUUUAAGAACGGUUUUGGUUUAAGAACGGACUUCCGGAACGGAUUAAGUUCAUAAACCGAGGUACCACUGUACUGAUGCAGUUUGAUGGGAAAAGGCAUUUUAGGAGAUUCUAAUUUGCAGCUCUAAGAUUACAGCAGCCACCCCAGUGCACAUUCUGGGAUGAGUGUACCUGUUAUGCGUUGGGUGUAGAUAUUUUAAGCUCUGCAAAGGAGGCAGCCGAGCCGAGCCUAAGAGGAUUAAAAGUUCAACCCUUUAUGGAAUAGAAAGUGGAAUAACUUAACCUGUAAUGUGCCAAAGGAUGCUAGAAAUCUUAGCAAAAUCGCCAAUAAUUCAUGCAUCUAAUGAAACCGAACUUCUUGCUUAAAACAUAAUAAUUCAGUGUAGUUUGUGCAGCAAAUGGAAUGAAGGAGUUCCUGAAAUUUGGUUUCAGUCAGGACUCCUGUUUGCAGAUGACCUAAAGUGGAAAGUAUUUAUGAUUUUUCCUGCCUGCGUAGAUGAGGUGAAGAAGGGAAAAAGCCAAUGCUGGUCAUUUUUAAAAGGGCUGAUAUGUUCUCUUGUGUUUGGCAGAGUUGACUAAUGCAAGAGAAAAACAAGUACCGUAGCUUCUCGAAAUUGGAAACAUGGCUUGUUUCAUGCUACAAAGGUGGGGGAAAUGGCACCGUCUGAAAUUCUCUUUUAUCGCAGCAUUUAAAUAUAUAAUUGUGAUACAUUGUGCUAAUUUCUUAGUUGACAUUUAAAAUGUUAAAGGUGAUUUGCAAUCAAAAUAUUCAAGGCGGUUUCAAUCUAAAAUAAAACAAGACACAAUAAUAAAUCAAGGUAUCAACAAAAAGCAGAGCACAUAUGAAAAAGAGCAAAAUAUCAAUAAAAAUGAUGCUGAUUUUAAAAAAAACUUAAAAAGCAAUAGCAGCAUAAAACAUCUGCAGGUUAGUAACCUAUAAAAAUUAGCUGAAAUCAAACAGCCUUUGGUUCCUGUCUAAACAAUGAGCAGCAAAGGAGCAAGGAGGAGCUUCCUUCAGACUGGGGGGCUGUUUCAUGUCUUGGGUGCCGCAGGUGAAAAGGCCCUGCCCUGUUAUUUACUGUAUUUCUGAUGGAGGUGGGCAGGGAACCAGAUUCCGGGUCCAGAGUCUUCAAUGUCAGUAAAGUAGUCUUUAUUGGAACUGUGGCUCACAUUAGCAUAUAUUAUUAUUAUUAUUAUUAUUAUUAUUCUAUUACUUAUACCCCACCCAUCUGGCUGGGCCUCCCCAGCCACUCUAAGCAGCUUCCAACAGGAUAUUAAAAACAUCAAACAUUAAAAACUUCCUUAAACAGGGCUGCCUUCAGAUGUCUUCUAAAAGUUGUUUAUUUCCUUGACAUCUUAUGGGAGGGUGUUCCACAGGGUGGGCGCCACUACCAAGAAGGCCCUCUGCCUGGUUCCCUGUAACCUCACUUCUUGCAGUGAGGGAACUGCCAGAAGGCCCUCGGAGCUGGAGCUCAGUGUCCGGGCAGAAUGAUGGGGGUGGAGAUGCUCCUUCAUGUGCAUGAUGUCAUGCAAUGGACAGGUAGAUGGCCCCACCUACUUUCAAACUUGGUCUACAGCAGUGGUUCUCAACCUGUAGGUUGCCAGAUGCUGUUGGACUACAACUCCCAUCAUCCCUAGCUAGCAAGGUAGGUCAGAGCUCAGGGAUGAUGGGAGUUGUAGUCCAACAACAUCUGGGGACUCACAGGUUGAGAACUGCUGGUCUACAGAGAGUGAAGGAGGAAAAAAAUCCAUCUCACUUGGUGGGUCCAGUUCCUCACCCCGAUGCAUACUCUAUGACACAGGUUACCCAAGACUUUCUUUCCUCAUCAUAAAAGUUGUAUAUUGCACAGCUCCAGUGGUCACUUAGCAUUAGGGCCAGAGCUGUAGCUCAGCAGUGGAACAUCUGCUUUGCAUGUAGAAGGUCAUGGGUUCCAUCUCUGGCAUCUCCAAGCAGGACUGGGAGAGACUUCCUGAAACCCUGGAGAUCUGCUACAAGUCAGUGGGUAGACUGAGCUACAUGGACCAAUGAUCUGACUCAGUAUGGCAGCUUCCUGCGUCCCUUAUUGGUCCCUCGAGAGCCAAAGAAAUAGGAUGGGGUGCAUGUUAUGAAGUCACAGGGAGGGUACACAACCAACUGGGACUUUCUUUAGUGAGAGGCUUACAGAGAAAAGCCAGCAGCCAACUGAUUGCUGGAGGCAACUCUUGAACUGGAACCGAGAAGAAUUAAUAAUAAUAAUAAUUUAUUAUUUAUACCCCACCCAUCUGGCUGGGCUUCCCCGGCCACUCUGGGCGGCUUCCCAAAAAAUAUUAAAAUACUGUGAUACAUCAAACAUUAAAAGCUUCCCUAAACAGGGCUGCCUUCAGAUGUCUUCUAAAAGUCUGGUAGUUGUUGUUCUCUUUGACAUCUGGUGGGAGGGCGUUCCACAGGGAGAGCGCCACUACCGAGAAGGCCCUCUGCCUGGUUCCCUGUAACUUGGCUUCUCGCAGUGAGGGAACCGCCAGAAGGCCCUCGGUGCUGGACCUCGGUGUCCGGGUAGAACGAUGGGGGUGGAGACGCUCCUUCAGAUAUAAUUAAGAAGUUACUGAUAUCGGAAUCCAGGAGAAACCAAUACAAGUAUGUCUUGUAUUGCGUGGGGUGUUUGUGUGAUCUGAGCAGUUCAACUGCAACAUUUCAAGGCAUCCUCGUUUGCCUCUCUUGGUUGGUCAAUUGGGACCCUAAAAGAUGUCUGGCAGACCCUCUCUCUCUCUCUCUCUCUCUCUCUCUCUCUCUGUGUGUGUGUGUGUGCAUACAGGUGUAAUAUAAUGCCUAGCUUCUGUGUUGAUGAAUCGGUUUCCGUGAGCUUGGUAGUCUCUUAUUCCAAUCCUAUGGCUACCCCUAUCAAUCUUUGCAGCUGAAACAGAACAAAUCCCUGCCAAAUUUAAUGUGUGCUGCAACAAAUCUCCUUUUCCUCGUGCAUUGGUUGUCCUUGCUGUAUUCAUUUCAUAUCUGCUUAGGGAGAUAGUGGGAUUUCUGGAGCUGGUGUUCUGCUGUGGGAAAGCUUUACAUUGUAACAGCUCUGUUUAACUGGAAAAAAAAUCAGCAAAGGUUGCAUAGAAUUGGGAAGGGAUUCAACACAGCAAGAAGAGUAAGGCGCUAUCUGAAAAUAAGAUUAGUUAAUUUCUUUCUGGUGGAACAUGUAGACUGGAUGCCUUGGGAAAUGGAAACAGCUGAAAAGUAAAUACAAUAAUACACAUUCAGUGGCCUGAGAUACAUGCUUGUGGGGAGGUGGGGAGCUUCAGGAGCUCCUGUUCUCACAAUGGCCCACUGGAUGCCUAUAGGUAGCCCACAGCCAGGGCACGAGGGCAACAGCACACUUCCACUUGUGGUCCCUGGUGACUAAAUAGCAGCCUUUCAUCUCAGAGCCCCUCCCAGAGCUACACUUCUCAGAGUUCUCUGAGAAGGCAUCAUAGUGCUUUAAAUGCCUGGUGUGAAUGUGGCCUAGAGUAAUAUUCAAUAGCGAUGUUGAUCACAGAGUUUGAUCACAGUAGCCCAUGUUGUUCUCCUUUAUACCGAAGAGACGGGUUUCUCAACAGCAGCUUUGUAGUGCUAGCAUAUCCAAAGGGCUCUGGCCAUGCCUAAGAUCUGCUUUCAAACUGUAAAGGUAAAGGUAAAGGACCCCUGACAGUUAAGCCCAGUCGCAGAUGACUCUGGGGUUGUGGCUCUCAUCUCGCUUUACAGGCCAAGGGAGCUGGCAUUUGUCCGCAGACAGUUUUUUCGGGUCAUGUGGCCAGCAUCACUAAGCUGCUUCUGGCACAAUGGGACACCGAAACCAGAGCAGUGCACAGAAAUGCCGUUUACCUUCCCGCUGGAGUGGUACCUAUUUAUCUAUUUGCACUUUUUGGCGUGCUUUUGAACUGCUAGGUUGGCAGGAGCUGGGACUGAGCAACGGGAGCUCACCCCAUCGUGGGGAUUCGAACCACCAACCUUCUGACCGGCAAGCCCAAGAGGCUCAGUGGCUUAGACCGCAGUGCCACCUGUGUCCCUUUCAAACUGUAGGUGCUUAUACAAACACACACACACACACACACACACACACACACACUCUGGACUGGAUAUGGCUAUCUUAUUAUUGUUAUCUGUGCGAUGUGUUACUUCUGAUUUUCUUUUUCCUGUGCUGUGUGAUAUUAUUUACCAAGAGUUUACUUUUGCUUUGUGCCUUCAGCUUUACAAUUGUGUAUUGUUAACAGGAUGUGUGGUGGAGGCGUGUGUGUGUGUGAUAGGACCCCUGUUGCUUUAAGCAGCUCUGUGGCAAGAAAAAUUCAAUAGGUGGAAUCUUUUCCAGCUCUUCACAUUUGCUUUCUGGGGGGAAAGCUUUAGUAGUUAAGUUUCGGCUGUUGGCUUGUAUGUGCUUGUUUAUGGCCUGACCGGUGAUUUCAGGACUUAAUUCACAUGGAUAAGCAAUGUGCCAUAAUUUGACAUGAGGACAUCGUAGCCUGCCGCCUAAACAAAGGCAUGAUCUAGAAAGAUUGGGCAAUGAUAUCCAGAAUGUUUCAACCUCACCCUCUGGGAAUAAAUUAUGUGCUCCCAUAUGUACUCACUUGCUGGGAACAAAAGGCCAUAAUGGAAGGAAAUGAAUCCUAGAUUUGAUGAAGUCUAUCUGUAAUGACUACCCACACCUAGAGGAGUGACUUCAGCAGUGCCCGAUGACCAAAUAGGCACAGGCCUAUGAGCCCCACAGCUUUUCGAAUCCCAGGGACUGAAUCUGGGAUCUUUGGCACUCAAACUAUGUGCUUUGUCCAUGAGUGACAUGUGCUAUCAUAACAGUGGCACAAUGCUGGCCUACCUUUGGGCUUCAGUGGUGCAGGGAGACUUGCAAUUGAAAUAAAAAAAUUAAGGUCUCGUAUAUAUAAUAAAUGUUUAUAAAUGUACCAAGCAAACAUGUACAUAAAUAUAUAAACCACAUGUCUGAAGCAGCACAGGAAAACAGCCCUGACUCCCAAACUGACCAAAUGUUUUCUCUGCAAGGUCAAAGGAAAAUGGAAAAGCCUCCCCAUUGUCUUUCCCUUCACAAAUCCUGUCUUAAGGGUAUGUCUAUGGAUGAAUAAGGUGAGCCUGUGACCUGGCUCAGGAACUAAGUAUUUGUCAUUACAAAAGACUGGCCAGGCUCCCCAGGGUAUCCAAUCGAGCAUUAACAGGUAACUUGCCAGACAGGAGAAAAAUAGCGCACUCCUAUUUCUGUUGUAGACCAUCUUUUCGGUGAUGUAGGUAUGAUGUAUCUCGGGGUGGUCUUGGACUCCAGGGUGGGCAAUUUAAAAUGUCUAUACAGUAUAAGGGCAGGCACACCUUUGUUCGGGGCCCUCCUCCUUUCCUGCAUGUGAGGGGAGCACCCUGUAGCAACAGUUCAAUAAAGAUCAGGCUUACUAGCUGCUUUGCUUCUCAAUAUUCUCUGGUUGGCCUCUGUUAUUUUCUCCGACCGAUGGAGAACCUGUAAAGGCUCUUGUGUCCCCCAUAAGGGAAUAAGGGCAGAUUUUCGUUUAUUACACAAUGAACCCAUCUCUGCCCAAGCAGACCGAAGUCAGUCCACUGUUGAUUUCUGAUGAACUCAUUAAGGAAAAAUGAGCCUGCUUGAGCUACUGAGCAAAGACCUGCUCCAGAUUCCUCUUCCUUUGGAAGUCAUGAAAGGCAGGAGGUUUUCAGUCCUAGCACUCACAGCACAGCAGUCCUCUGUAGGAUUGCUGGGUUGCAGCCUGGAAAAUAAACUUUUCCCUCUUUAAACACACAUCUAAGGAGGCUAGAAGGUACCAUUUCCCCUCUUCCUCUGAUCCUUUUCAUCCACCUGCCUGUGCCUGCCAUAGAGGUAGGAGUAGAGUUCUGUUCUCCUACCUCAGGUGGGCAAGGACAGGCAAAAAAGAAAGGAGCAGAGGAGAAGGAGCCAGGAGUGUCUGCAACCCUGUUUCUCACUUUAUCAGUGAUUUUAAAGGUAAAUGCUUAUUCUCUGAUGUGCACCUUAGCAAUCCUGUUCUUCAGGGAGGUCUGAUAACGUAAUUGUCAUGAGGACAGAUAAGGAUGUACCCUUUCAAAAGACUGUGUUGAUAUCCUUUGAUGUUGCACUAUUCUGACGCUGUGCUGUAAGACCUAUUACGGCUUUACUGUACAGUCCCUGCUGAGGUUCCUGGUGUGGUUAUGUUCAUUGCAAAUGGCUUGGGUAACUGCCAAGCCAGAAAACUGAUGACCCUGGCAGCUGUGUCUCUAUUACAUAAAGUUGGUGGCAGCAAUUGAGGGUUGAUCCUGAGGGAAGGAGAGGGGUCUUUGUCCUAUGAUUGCUGCUGGGGGGGGGGUCCAGAGCAGAUUGCACUAUCUACGUCUUUUGCAAGCAAAACAGGUCCUUACUACUACUACUACUACUACUACUACUACUAAUACUAAUUUACUAUUUAUACCCUGCCCAUCCGGCUGGGUUUCCCCAGCCACUCUGGGCAGCUUCCAACAAAGUAUUAAAAUACAGCAGUCUGUUAAACAUUAAAAGCUUCCCUAAAGAGGGCUGCCUUCAGAUGUCUUCUAAAAGUCUGGUAGUUGUUCUUCUCUUUGACAUCUGGUGGGAGGGUGUUCCACAGGGCGGGUGCCACUACCGAGAAGGCCCUCUGCCUGGUUCCCUGUAACUUGGCUUCUCCCAGUGAGGGAACCGCCAGAAGGCCCUCGGAGCUGGACCUCAGUGUCCGGGCAGAACGAUGGGGGUGGAGACGCUCCUUCAGGUAUACUGGACACAGGCUGUUUAGGGCUUUAAAGGUCAGCACCAACACUUUGAAUUGUGCUUGGAAACAUACUGGGAGCCAGUGUAGGUCUUUCAAGAACGGUGUUAUGUGGUCUUGGUGGCUGCUCCCAGUCAUUAGUCUAGCUGCCGCAUUCUGGAUUAGUUGUAGUUUCUGGAUAACCUUCAAAGGUAGCCCCACAUAGAGCGCAUUGCAGUAUUCCAAGCGAGAGAUAACUAGAGCAUGCACCACUCUGGUGAGACAGUCUGCGGGCAGGUAGGGUCUCAGCCUGCGUACCAGAUGGAGUUGGUAGACAGCUGCCCUGGACACAGAACUGACCUGUGCCUCCAUGGACAGCUGUCACUCCCAGGCUGUGCACCUGGUCCUUCAGGGGCACAGUUACCCCAUUCAGGACCAGUGAGUCCUCUACACCUGACCGCCUCCUGGCCCCCCAAAACGGUACUUCUGUCUUGUCAGGAUUCAACCUAGUGCCCCCUCUCACAAAUUGUGGGCCACUAUGGAGGAAAUUCUUGGGAGAAAAGCAAUGACAAACCUAGACAGCAUCUUAAAAAGCAGAGACAUCACCUUGCCAACAAAGGUCCGUAUAGUUAAAGCUAUGGUUUUCCCGGUAGUGAUGUAUGGAAGUGAGAGCUGGACCAUAAAGAAGGCUGAUCGCCAAAGAAUUUAUGCUUUUGAAUUAUGGUGCUGGAGGAGACUCUUGAGAGUCCCAUGGACUGCAAGAAGAUCAAACCUAUCCAUUCUGAAGGAAAUCAGCCCUGAGUGCUCACUAGAAGGACAGAUCCUGAAGCUGAGACUCCAAUACUUUGGCCACCUCAUGAGAAGAGAAGACUCCCUGGAAAAGACCCUGAUGGAGGGCACAAGGAGAAGGGGACGACAGAGGACGAGAUGGUUGGACAGUGUUCUCGAAGCUACCAGCAUGAGUUUGACUAAACUGUGGGAAGCAGUGGAAGACAGAAGUGCCUGGCGUGCUCUGCUCCAUGGGGUCACGAAGAGUCGGACACGACUAAACGACUAAACAACAACAACAUGGAGGAAAUUCAGCUACAAGGAACAGCAGUGUUUUUUCUGGGGCUACACAGCACCAACACCUUUUUUUUCCUAGAAGAAAAGCACUGGGGAGAAGGGCUCUUUUCAAGUCUACAUUUCUAUGAUUCUAAGGGCAAUUUUGAGAGAUCAAAUGAUGGGAAGGGAAAGGGUUAACAAGCCCUCCUUUUCCCCCAGCCCCCGCCCUGUCCCCAUUCACUCUGCUUUUCUGCUCUUGGCUGAAACUUCCAGAGUUAGUUUUCAGAUUAAAAAGCAAAAUUUAAGAUUAUUGACGGUUGGGGAAAACCUGCCUAUAGAUUAACCGGAGCUGUCCACAGGUUUAGUGCUGAAGGUACUGUUUUAACUACUUGCCUCCUCUGCGUCAAGCAAUGGUUUCAAAUGGUUUCACUGACCAUCUACGAGUUAACUUAGUCAAAAUAAAUACGCUAAAUAAUGAUUUGGUGGUUAUGGAUGGGUUUCCCCCAUUUAGUGUAGCUGUUCCCACGCUUACAUGGUUGAUUGUUGACAUGGUUUCUUUGCACUCCCAUAAAAUUAACAAUUGUUUGGAGACACGAAUGGCAUGUUAGGGGAUCCUUCUCUCUGUGUACAUGCAAAAUGUGAGUGCUAGUUUGCCUCUCUUGUGUGUGUGUGACUUUUUGAUUUGUAAUUAGCUGGUGUGUAUAUAUUCAUUUAUGAAUCCCCAAGGUAUCUAAUCUAGUCUCUUAGAAGUAUUACAUUCUCUGUGCUUAUAUAAUCAUUUUAACAUGAAAGGAAAAGGGGGGGGGACCUUCCAUUUAACUCCUAAAAUCUAUUAUUUUGCUAUGUGUUUCUAAAUGUGCUUUUAGAACGGAUAGCUUGUCUGGUUAGCUCCACCAUUUUAUUAGUUUUUUUUAAAAAUUUCAUUUGUACUUUUCAGAUAUAUACAUUUCAUGUUUAGGGAAGUUUUUAAUGUCUGAUGUUUUAUUGUAUUUUUAAUAUUUUGUUGGAAGCUGCCCAUAGUGGCUGGGGAAACCCAGCCAGAUGGGAGGGGUAUAAAUAAUAAAUUAUUAUAAUUAUCAUCCUCACCACCACCACCACCAUCAUCAAAGUCAUUUUGAUGACUUGAUGAUGAUGAUCAUCAAGUCAUUUUGACAUUUUUUAAAACUUGACUUCCUUCCCCUCUUUCUGUAAAAAUUAUUUUUAAUAUCUUCUGCAUAUCCAAAUUAACUUAUUUUUUAUCUUCUUUAAAUAUAUACACUUAUGUAACUGCAGGUUAUCACAAUAAUCCUGCCAGUGGUUGUUAUCUGUUUACAGUUUGUCUGUAAAUAUUCAAUAAACCAUUUCCAUUCUUUUAUAAAAAGUUUGUCAUCUUGAUUUCUUACUCUUCUGAUAAGUCUCACCAUUUCUGCAUAUUCCAUAAGUUUUUGUAUCCAUUCUUCCUUUGCUGAGACUUCUUCUUUCCAUUUUUGGGCAAGUAGCACUCUUGCUGCUGUAAAAAGGUAAAGGAACCCCUGACCAUUAGGUCCAGUCGUGGCCAACUCUGGGGUUGCGGCGCUCAUCUCGCUUUAUUGGCCGAGGGAGCCGGCGUACAGCUUCUGGGUCAUGUGGCCAGCAUGACUAAGCCGCUUCUGGCGAACCAGAGCAGCGCACGGAAAUGCCGUUUACCUUCCUGCUGGAGCGGUACCUAUUUAUCUACUUGCACUUUGACGUGCUUUAGAACUGCUAGUUUGGCAGGAGCAGGGACUGAGCAAAGGGAGCUCACCCCAUCGUGGGGAUUCGAACCACCGACCUUCUGAUUGGCAAGUCCUAGGCUCUGUGGUUUAACCCACAGCGCCACCCGCGUCCCUUGCUGCUGCUAAGUUUAAUUAGUUUUAAACUUAGCAAAAACUAAGCUAGUGUUAUGAAGUUGCCUGUGAAAGUCAGCACCUUUUGUUCACAUCUUUUAAAUAAAUGUGCUAAUGAGCAUUUAAAGCGGUCCAUCCAAGCUGAUGGAUUAUGCCAAAAUGGCAAAACUAACUGGGAAGCUCAGGAAUCAAGAAGACAAGAUCUUUUUUAAAAAAAAGAAUGGGAAAAGUUUAUAAUUUAUAUAGAAGAUUAUUGUAAUAAAAACAUUGUUUAAUAACAGGUUUAAACAUUGGCAAGAUUUUAAGCACACUUGUAAUGUAUGGAUGGAUAUAUGGAUAAUUUAGGAAGAUAAAAAUUGGAGAAAAAUUUAGGAAUGUAUGUAUGGGUAAUUUAGGAAGAUAAAAAAUGGAGAAGCAAUGAUAUGCAGUUGAAAAUAGGAUUAAUAGGGCCCAUGGAAGGGAUAGGGAGAAGUCGGGAGAUUCAGAGCAAUCUCAACAUUUGGAAUUGUUUUUGUGGUAUGUUUAUAUUUUUGAAAAUCAAAUAAAAAUUUAUUUCAAAAAGAAAGAAAGAAAGUGGACCAUCCAUGGAGUUAAUAUGCAGCCUCAGCAAGCAGGGAUGUUGGGAGUUGUAAUAGACGGCAACAUAUUGGGUACUCCUGAUCUAACCUAAUAUUGUAUGCUCUGACUGGCAGAAGCUCUCCAGGGUCUCAGAUGCUGUGCUAUGUGAACAUUUUUAUUUGAAAGUCCAGAGCUUGAAUCUGGGAUCUUCUUCUUGCGAAACACGUACAGUGGUACCUCAGGUUACAUACGCUUCAGGUUACAUAUGCUUCAAGUAACAGACUCCACUAACCCAGAAAUAUUACCUCAGGUUAAGAACUUUGCUUCAGGAUGAGAACAGAAAUUGCACGAUGGCAGCGCGGUGGCAGCAGGAGGCCCCAUUAGCUAAAGUGGUGCUUCAGGUUAAGAACAGACUUCCAGAGCGAAUUAAGUACUUUACCUGAGGUACCACUGUAUAUGUCAUCUGAAUUAUGGUCACUCAAUGUAUAAUGUGGGUCUCAAAUUAGCCUGUUAUGUGUAAUAACUUAGAUAGAAGUUUUAGCCUCAAUAAGGACUGAGCAAUGAUGGUAGGGGUAGGUUUGUAAGUCCCUUAUUAAUUUGUUUCUUGAUUUGUAACAUUUACAAAUCAAUUACAAACUCUGCAAAACAAAGUUCUAUACAGUGGUACCUUGGUUCUCGAACUUAAUCCGUUCUGGGAGUCCAUUUGACUCCCGAAACCGUUCGAAAACCAAGGCACGGCUUCUGAUUGGCUGCAGGAGCUUCCUGCACUCAUUCGGAAGCUGCAGAAGCCAUGUCGGACGUUCGGCUUCCGAAAAAUGUUCGCAAAUUGGAACACUCACUUCCAGGUUUGCGGUGUAUGGUAGCCGAGCCGUUCAAGUACUAAGGUAGUCAACGUAUAGUCAACGUAGUUUGACAUUGUUAAACGUCAAAAGGAAUGGCAGCUUUUCUGACCCCACCAGACAUGCCCCCCCCUUGCCAUGUCAGACAGAUUUGUGCUCCUAAAAAGAAGUCACCUGAACGUUUAAUAAAUGUAUUUAUUUAUCUACAUUUGCAACCCAACUUUUCCUCCAAGGAGCUCAAGGUGGUACGUGUGGUUCUUCUCCUCCCCAUUUAAUCCACAAGGCAACCCUGUGAGUAGGUCAGGCUGAGAGAUGGCGACUGGCCCAAAGUCACCCAGUGAACUUCAUAGCUGCACGGGGAUUUGAACCCUGGUCUCCCAGCUCAUAGGCCUAACCAUUACACCACACUUCCCAUUUUGUUGUGCGGAAGUCCGUUGUUCACAACAAAGCACUCCUUGUGGCUUUUGACCAAGGAGAAGACAAAAUUCUGCUCUGCAAAUGACCCAUUGGAAUACUUCUUAUUAUUUUGUAUCGGCAACCCCUACCUCAGCCGAACACUUUCCAAUAAUACUAAUGCGCAGUUUGUGCUUUGGCAUGUUUUAACAACAACGAAAGCAAAAUCUACUGUUGUAUAUAUACAUCCAGUCAAUUUCAACAUUUUCUAAAAUUGCGACUUCUCAAUAAUACAUUUCCUCAGUUUGCAUUCAUACACGUCACGGGGCAUUUAUUGGAUAAAGUGCGAGUGAUAAGACUUCAUCAAGGUACAAAAAAACAACUGAUGGAACCAGCAGAUCUUAAAUCAGAAACAUCACCUAUGGAUCACAGGCCUGAUCCUGAUUGUCAUUCCCCUCUCUGAAAACAAUCUCAGUUUUACUAAGAAACGGCAACUUCCAAGGACCAAAAGCCCAACUUAAUGGCCCUAAAGAAUGGGCGGAAACAGUGAAGGAAGUUUUGGCUAGAAUAAUAAACAUUUGAGCUGUUCUUUUUAUUUAAAAACAAACAAACCCCAAAGUAAACAUCUGAAGGUAUUUUUGGUCCCAAUAAACAGAUUAAAUUGAAAGCCCUAUUUUUUACGGGCAAUAUUCCCAUCACACACACAAACACACCACCCUGAAAUGCACAAGUUGGAAUUAAAUCUCUGGUUGAACUCUCCAAAUGGAAUUCCCUCCCAUUUCAGUCUGGAAACACAUUUUGCUAAUGCUCUCCAAAAUGAUCACCUUUUUUUUUAAAAAAAAAAAUCAAAAUCAAACCUUCCUUGCAUAUAGAAAACUAGCGCUCAGAACACCAGGAAGAUAGUCACCUUCUUGCUCAUUAGGCUAGCUUUCUACAAGCAGGGAGUAUCUCUUAUAUGGGAAAUACAAGACAGAUGUGAUCCCUCUACUGUCCUGGUUUUGCUGCAUGUACAAUGCCAUCUAAAAGCAACAACAGGCACGUUCCAUAUGGCUGCAGUAUGCAAGACCAAGGGUGCAUAGGAACAUGGGAAGGUCUAUCUAGAUCAGUAUUGUCAACACUGACUUGGCAGCUACUCUGUUGUAUAUAUAUAUAUUCAUUAAGAAGCAAUCACAUGUCUCAUCAGCUGAGUCUCAUUGCUUCAAGGAGGCUGGAGUUUAUUUCUUGCCUGCCCAUUCUAAUUCAGCUUUUCCAUCCAAGGGAGGAAGUGCACAGGUCACCCCACACAAGUUCAAAGCAAUCUAUUAUCAGGUUUCAACUGCCUUAGUAGUGUAAACACAUCUUAAGUAUUGGGAUACACUUCAUCUGCUCUGUUUCUGUGUGUGUGUGCGUGUGUGUGUGCGUGCGCGCAGACCCCAACAUGUCCUCGUUUCCCCCCUUUUUUUUAACAAGAGGUGUGCCUUGGACACAUUUGCACCACACUUCCAAGCCUUAUGAGGAACGGUUGAAGGAGCUGGGCAUGUUUAGCCUGGAAAAGAGGAGACUGAGAGGAGAGAAGAUAGCCAUCUUCAAAUAUCGCAAGGGCUGUCACAUGGAAGAGGGAACAAGCUUGUUUUCUCCUACUCUGGAGGGUAGGACUCGAACCAAUGGCUUAUAGUCACAAGAAAGGAGAUUCUGACUAAACAUCAGGAAGAACUUUCUGACAGGAAGAGUUGUUUGACAGUGGAACGGUCUCCCUCGGGAGGUUGUGGACUCCUUGGGGGUUUUUAAGCAGAGGUUGGAUGGUCAUCUGAUAUGGAUGCUUUAGCUGAGAUUCCUGCAUUGCAGGAGGUUGAUCUAGAUCAGGGGUGGCCAAAUCUCAAGAGAGUGUGAUCUACUCACAGAGUUAAAAACUGGCAGUGAUCUACCCCCUUUUUUGGGGUUCAGGUCAAAGUUGUUGAGCUUUUGUUAGGAAGGAGGAAGGCCCAUUUUUGGGGAGUUCAGGUCAAAGUUUUUAGGGGAGUUGCAGUCGUUCAGCUUCUUUGUGGGGAGCCAAUGAUCUACCAGUGAUCUAACGCAGAUGCCCAGUGAUCUACCGGUAGAUCACAAUCUACCUGUUGGACAUGCCUGAUUUAGAUGACCCUUGGGGUCCCUUCCAACUCUACAAUUCUAUGAUUCAAUGAAUAGAUAGACAAAUAGUCCUACUCAGUCAGUGCAAAGGAAACUUUCUGUGUUCCUCUAGAAUACUUUCGCACCCAUUGGUUUCCAUGAUGUCAAAGUACUUCCUAGUGAAUAUGCACUAGUGAGCUUCAGUUUGCUAUUGGACCAGCAUGCAAAAAAUGCCUGAGGCAAGUGUUGAAAAGUGUCCAUUCAUGGAGCUAAAAGAUAGCUACUACCACAGAAGCUGCAUGCAUGAGUCUGAUAGUCAACUAAUGUCAGAACCACUGAAAAGGAAAAGCUUUGAAUGAUCUUUGGUUUCUGUUUCAAGUACUGCCAUUUUUACAUCUCUCUCAAGCAUCUGCCUGUCAGGAGCUCAGCCUACACUCGAGUAGGACCCUGGCAGAGACACAUGCCCGACUGGCAUGUUCUCUCCCUCCUGAUCAUUUGUUCGGGAGCUUCAUAAGAUUUCUUCAGCCCGAACAUCACAGCGACCGAUGCCAACAGACAUCGGCACACUUAGGGAUCCGCAGAGUGUGGUGCAGCUUGCGUAAUAGACCUCAGCAACUCAGCAUUUUGGCUAAUCUACUUUAUCUACAUAUAAACACACACAGAGCACUGCAACAUGUCUCCCUCUCUAGCAUCAGACAGCAAAGAGAAAGAACAAAGGGCAAUAGUCCCACUUCACGGAACACAGUAACACAAACAUCCUGUCUCCGUCACUUCCCACUUUGUGGAGUCAAAACAUACACCGUCAUGGGAUAGACAAAAAUCCCAUGACUGCAAUCAUGGAGCAGGAAUUCUAACACUGUCUUCCUGUAACUCCUAUGUUUUGCCUUGGCACGUAAUGAUUAAGGCGAAAACAGUCCUGACAUAUCUUUGUAAAAGACACUUCCUCCUAGAUCCAGGGAAGCCUUCCAUUUUGUAUUCUUUUGGAGACAGAGCAUGAAAUUUGUGCGCUUAGACAUCUGUUCCUUUGCAUAAUGGGUUGCAUAUUUUAUAGGUUGGUUUUUUCCCCUUUGUGCCUGGCAAUUUUCGGUUUUCAAACGUACCAAUUGGCAUUCUUCACUGUGCGGUAUUGUCUGGGCAAUCUUCAGAAAUUUUAUUCCUCUUGAUAUUCAGAUUUCUCCUACAUGUGGAGCUUUCUUUCUCCUCAGUGUCAUUAAGCUCUGGAAGGCUUAUUAUGUAGAUCAGCUACAAUGAAUUGUGUGCCGUGUUGUACAAUUAAUGUUUCUGGGAAGAUGGUGGCUGGUAAGAGAGGCCUUUUUUGAUCUCUAAGCUGUGUCAUCAACUUUGCAUAGCUGAUCUGUCAGCAGCCAACACGGUAGAAGAAUAAAAGAGAUUUCUUUCUUUUUUCUUUUUUUAAACACAUCUGUUUCUAUGUUUAGCAGAGUAAAGUGAAUUCGUGAUUCUUUGUUGGCUGACUCACUUUAUCGCAUGAUAGGAGUGCCUUUUGUUUUGUAAUAAUUUAAAAUAGUUUAAAGGAAUCCAUUCUCAUUUCUAGGCAAUAUAGCACCAGCAUUACAGUGGAGGUGGUGAGGAAAGAGUAUAGAGUUCUUUCCCUGAAUAUGUAAGUUUUUACUUGUCUUCCAAACAUAUGUGCUGAGUUUUCCCAAGGAGGGACUUCCACAAGAAACAGCUUUCCAACAGAAAAGGUCUUGCCCCUGUCCCACUCCAGGAUUGCCCUGGCUUCAGUCCUACAUCACUGUGGAGGAAGUCUUCUUGACCUUGGAAGGCCCUGCUUCUGAGUAGACAUAGGUUUGAGUAGACAUAUUGACCCAUUGUUUAUAAAGUGUAUCCCAUUUCAUGGCUCUGAAAGAAGCAGCAGAGCAUCUAACAUUGUAUGUAAAACGAUCAAGGCAACAUCUAAUAAAAAAUACACAGCUCAUUAAAAUAUAAUGCAGCCGAGCAGAAUGAUGAGUCAAAUCACAGUGCAGAGAGAGGAAACAUGGGAAAGGAGCAGUGCCUUUCUACGGGGGUGGGGGGGGAGUGGGCCAGUAAUCACCAUGAAGUAAGUGCCACAUUUUAAACCAGUGCUUAUCUUCUAGAAAAAAGGGGGCUGGUACUGCGUAGCCUUGAGAACCCCCAGAAAAAAGCACUGGAAAGGAGAAUAUAUUGUCCUGUUGUUGUUUAGUCGUUUAGUCAUGUCUGACCCUUCGUGACCCCAUGGACCAGAGCACGCCAGGCACUCCUGUCUUCCACUGCCUCCCGCAGUUUGGUCAAACUCAUGCUGGUAGCUUCAAGAACACUGUCCAGUCAUCUCGUCCUGUCGUCCCCUUCUCCUUGUGCCCUCAAUCUUUCCCAACAUCAGGGUCUUUUCCAGGGAGUCUUCUCUUCUCAAGAGGUGGCCAAAGUAUUGGAGCCUCAGCUUCAGGAUCUGUCCUUCCCAUGAGCACUCAGGGCUGAUUUCCUUCAGAAUGGAUAGGUUUGAUCUUCUUGCAGUCCAUGGGACUCUCAAGAGUCUCCUCCAGCACCAUAAUUCAAAAGCAUCAAUUCUUCGGCGAUCAGCCUUCUUUAUGGUCCAGCUCUCACUUCCAUAUAUCACUACUGGGAAAACCAUAGCUUUAACUAUACAGACCUUUGUUGGCAAGGUGAUGUCUCUGCUUUUUAUAUUGUCUGACAUCAGGCUUUUUAAACAAGUGGUUAGCCAGUUAGCCACUCCUUUAUGAAGCUGUAGACUUCUUUUGUGUUAAGAGCUUGAUGCAAAGUUGAACACUUCCAUGCUGGUGACUUGGGGGAAGACAUUUCCAGGGGAGGAAUUUGGUUUAUCAAAUUUCAGCGGCACCCUUUGCAAGGUCGAAAUUCAGCAACCCCCACCUUUCUGUUCUGCUCAGUUUACUACAGUAGUACCUCGGUUCUCAAACACCUUGGUUCUCAAACGCCGAAAACCCAGAAGUAAGUGUUCUGGUUUUCGAACGUUUUUUGGAAGCCGAAUGUCCGAUGUGGUUGUCAGCUAUUGUUUCCGGGGCACCUGCACCAAUCAGAAGCUGCGCCUUGGUUUUCAAACAUUUUGGAAGUCAAAUGGGCUUUCAGAACAGAUUAAGUUUGGUGCUUUUGUUUUUGCUAUUUAUUUUGCAUUUUUGUUUUUGAGGCUUUUUCGGUUAAUUUGUUUUUGUGGACUGUGUGGAACUCAGUUCAGCUACUGAUUGAUUGAUUGAUUGAUUGUGUGACUGCGGAAAUGGAUAAACGCUCCCCAUCCAAACAAUGACUAUCAUCAGUGCAGGUAAGAAUUAAAAAAAAUUAAAAAAUUAUCAUCUGCAAUACUGUCUUAUUUAUUUUAUAGUACAGCACAUUGCUUAUUGUUUUCAUUUUAUGGAUCAGUGGUCUCGUUAGAAAGUAAAAUUCAUGUUAAAUUGCUGUUUUAGGAGUUGUUUUUAAAAGUCUGGAACGGAUUAAUCUGUUUUGCAUUACUUUCUAUGGAAAAGCACGCCUUGGUUUUGGAACGUUUUGGUUUUGGAACAGCCUUCCAGAACAGAUUAAGUUUGAGAAUCAAAGUAUCACUGCACAUCAUAAUUGUGAUGCCCUUUCUUGCAGUCCUCCCCUCCCCCCCCGGCCAAACCUCUAUUCUCACUCUCUGGAUUUGCUUUAAAAGUUCUAUAUAGAUUCUGCGCCUAAAGGAGGCUUUUUUUCUUUUUUUGCAUUUAUUGGAGGCUUUUUGCCUACUUAAGCUUUGUUGAGCAGAUUGUUGGAAGUGAACUUGCAUUCCAUUCAAGGCAAUAUGCCAUCCCUUCUGAGUAAUACACGGUGCUCCCUGAGCUGUGUAGCUUUAGAUUUUACAUCCCUACUAGAGGGCGAUGAUAUAUUUGUGUGUGUGUGUUUUAAAAAAAGCUUACUUGACUCAAUUAAGUGGGGAAGGAGGGAGUGAUUAGAGAGAUGAAUGAUAACAGGACAUGUCAGACACAAUUGCCAGUCACAUAAUGCAUGAUUUUACAAAGGCAGUGUGACUGUAAAUAGACAGCCCAGUAAUAUCCAUCUCUAUUACCUUCUGUUCAGAAUAUAAUUAAAGGCCCUCACUUGAGAAUAAGCAGAGAAAGUCUUUCAUUGUUUUCAGGAUUAACCCCCCCCCCAAAACUGUGGUUUACCUCUCACAAAGCUACAAUUCCCAACCCCUUAAGAAACUGCAAUUCCCACAAUUCUUCAGGGAAAUGAUGUGCUUUAAACUUAUGGUGUUUGUGUGCAGCCUUAAAAAACAGGGUUGUUUAGAGCAGGAAAAAAAGCUAUUCAUGUAUGCUACUACAGCAGCUCAUAUGAGAUACAAUGGUACUUCGGGUUAAGUACUUAAUUCGUUCCGGAGGUCCGUUCUUAACCUGAAACUGUUCUUAACCUGAAGCACCACUUUAGCUAAUGGGGCCUCCUGCUGUUGCCGCGCUGCCAGAGCACGAUUUCUGUUCUCACCCUGAAGCAAAGUUCUUAACCCGAGGUAUUAUUUCUGGGUUAGUGGAGUCUGUAACCUGAAGCGUAUGUAACCUGAAGCAUAUGUAACCCGAGGUACCACUCUAUACUCAAAGGUGGAAAGAAGAAACAGCUCCAACAAAAGAGAAUUGGCAAUUACAAUUAAUGGAAUAUGCAGAAAUGGCAAAACUUACCAGAAGAAUUAAGAAAUCAAGAAGAGAGACUUUUUAUGACUGAGUGGAGAAAAUAUAUAGGCUAUUUGAAGAUACACUGUAAACAGCUUAAAACAUUAGCAGGGUUGACUGGUGCAGUUAGAGAUAAUUAAAAAGAAUAAUAAGAAUGAUAUAAAUUUGAUAUGCAGUGGAGGAAAGAUAUAAAAUAUGUAACCACAGAAAGGAAGGAAGGGAAGCUGAAAGCAAUGUAGGUGGUUUUUAUGUACAGUUGUUUUUUCUUUGUUAGAAGGUAUGUAAAAUGAGAAGAUUAAAAAUAAAAUUUAAAAGAAAAUAUUGUUGGUUUCCCUGUUUACACAUCAAAGAGCUAAAUGCCUGUUUCAUCUAGUUAAGCCCAGAAGACAGUCCUAGGAUUUGGAUGUGUGUGUUUUUUACCCAGGAAUUUCUAAUGGGGAGAGAUGGGGUGAGAAGAACUUGACAAAACUAGAGGCAAUAGUGUUGGACUUCAGACUGGGAUACCAGGUUUCAAUUUCCAUCUGUGCCAUGGAUUAGGACAGACAUAUUGGCUUUGGUUUUCCAUCUGUAAAUUUGAGGUAGUAGUGAGAGCAAGUGCAAUUGGUUAAGAAUGUAAGCAACUCUGCUUUCUACUUUCCUUUUUGAAAUGUAUAUAAAUGUAUAAAGUAUGUCAUAAAUGUGUAAAGUAUGUCACCUUGAGCGUGUUGCCCAUAACAUGGAUUAAUUAGUUUCUUGAUGUACCGUAUUUUAGGAGCGGUUUGGGGCAUUUUCAAUAGGGCCACAGAUCAAACAAGGAUGUCUUCAUUUCAUGUAGUACUUUGGCAGGCUUGCCAGUUGUUAAAUGCCAGGAAAGCUUAUUAUCUUGGCCCAGUUAAAUGAAAAAAUGUAUUGGAAUCCAAAGGGAAGCAAUUGAAGCCAAGAAGCCGCUCUGUCUUAGGUUUUGUAUUUAGGGUGGCUUAUUUAUUAUUUUACCCCUUGUUGUCAUAGCCUUAGUGUAGCCUCAGUCCGAAUGGUGGUUGUUAUGUAUUCACAGUGAUCUGUGUUUGCUUGAGCUUGAGUCUGGACUCUGAGCUCCUGUGUUCUGAUUUGAUAUAUGAUAUCCAAUCACAGAACAUUUCAGGAUUUGGGCCUCUGCCAUUGGCCCUUAAACUCUGAGUCAUGAUUCACAGCUUGGAAGUUUAGACAGCCUAUCACGUUGGGAGUGGGAGUGGCCCAGGCCUUCAGAAACGUAUAUAAGCAGUUGCUUUGCCCCUGUUGUCCAGUUCUGGUAGUUCAAUAAAUGUUCUUGCUGUUAUCACUGUGUCUUGCCUUGUGGGAACCCACUUACACUUCAGUGAUCUUCCAGCCAUGGAUUUUCUUGGAUAGUUUUUUGCCCAUAUCAAAAGGUGUCUAUUUGAUAGUUUUAUAUUCCUGCAAGCCACAUCUUCAGAAUCUUGGGUGCUGUGAUCUCAUGUGAUUUUGCGCAGAGAUCUUGCCCCCCCCCAAAAAAACCAUUUUUAUUGGGGCCUCGGUUUUACAUUGCAUCCCCCAACACACAUUUUUGGGUGCCAUACAAGCAUGGCCCUAAAGAAAGCAUGUCUUAUGGGCUCUGUGAUAUUGCACAGGUAGGAAGACACAUGGCCCAGUUUCAGGGCUCAAUAUGGUGGAGGUGUCUUGCCAAAUGCAAGGUGGUUCUUUUAAAAUAAGAUUCAGAAGCAAUACAAACACAAGUGAGUGAGAAGAUUAAUGAUUUUAUUCUAAACAGCAAGCAUGAGAUACAAUUACCAAGCAAGCACUUUGAUCUGCUACUUGGAAGCCCUCAAGAAGUGGUGAAGCGACUCCUCCAGGCAGCCUCAGUUUGCACGGCCCAGCGAUCAAUCAGUCCAUGCACGAGCUUCAGAAACUAUACCCAAACCAUCCUAUUUAUAGAUAGCUAACCUGUUAGGGACACGGGUGGCACUGUGGUCUAAACCACUGAGCCUAGGACAGGGGUCAGCAACCUUUUUCAGCCAAGGGCCGGCCCACCAUAUCUCAGACCAUGUGGUGGGCCGGACUAUAUUUUUGGGGGGGAAAUGAACGAAUUCCUAUGCCCCACAAAUAACCCAGAGAUGCAUUUUAAAUAAAAGGACACAUUCUACUCAUGUAAAAACAUGCUGAUUCCCGGAACAUCCAUGGGCCGGAUUGAGAAGGCGAUUGGGCUGCAUCUGGACCACGGGCCUUAGGUUGCCUACCCCUGGCCUAGGACUUGCCGAUUGGAAGGUCGGUGGUUCGAAUCCCCGCGACGGGGUGAGCUCCUGUUGCUCAGUCCCAGCUCCUGCCAACCUAGCAGUUUGAAAGCACAUCAAAGUGCAAGUAGAUAAAUAGGUAUCGCUCUGGCAGGAAGGUAAACGGCAUUUCCGUGCACUGCUCUGGUUUAACCAGAAGCGGCUUAGUCCCACUGGCCACAUGAUCCGGAAAAACUGUCUGCAGACAAAUGUCGGCUCCCUUGGCCAGUAAAGUGAGAUGAGCUCCGCAACUCCAGAGUCGUUCGCGAUGGGACUUUACCUUUACCUUUUUAAACCUGUUGGCCUGUGUGGCUUGCCUGACUGCCUACGUGGUACUAGCUAUGUACAGAUUAUUCAUUAGCCACCUCUCCCAAUGCCUUACUUUCUUCAAACAAUGUCUAACAUCAAAAGAAGAUACUCGGAGAUAUCACUUCCUUCCCUCCUUAACAGAUUAGGGCACUAAAGGCUGUUCUUCAGCCAGCAAAGAACUGAACAAGAGUUAGAGAGGGGAAAACAAACAGAGGCAGGAUUGGAAGGUCAGGGGAGUUUUUAGCAUAUGCGCCCCCGGUGUGAAAAUUUAUUUACAAUACCCUUAUACUCGUUGAGUCUGAUAAGCGCCGCCGUUGGCACGGUGUGUCUUUGGUAAAUGAGCGCACAAGGUCGAAAGUCCUUUGGUGAAACCGUAGGUAUACAUUUCAGUAAUACCUAGGUAUAUAUGUAUUUUGAUUUUCUAGCUUGAUCAAAAUUAUUUAUUAUUUCAUAGCAGGUAGAUAGUUAAGAGUUUAUGGUGCCCAGGUGCCCCACACCCCUUGUACCCCCGGGUAAAGACAGCCCUGAGGAAGGUAACCAUGUUAGAGCGUUAUCUCCUCGAAAUACAAUUUUCUUCCACAUAGAUUGCCCAUACAGGUGGGUAUACCAAUGGCACAUCUGUCUCAACUGUGGCUACCCUGUGUUGUAAACAAAAACUGCCCUUUUCCCUUAUGGGGUAUCCAAGAGCCCAUAUACAGUCCUUACAUAGGUUACCUAUUGGUAGGAGAAAAUAACAGAGGCCAACCAGAGAAUAUUGAGAAGCAAAGAAGCUAGUAAGCUUGAUCUUUAUUGAUCUGUUGCAACAGGGUGCUCCCCUCACCCGCAGGAAAGGAGGAGGAACCUAGAACAAUAGCGCACAAGGCCUUAUAAAGACUUUUGAAAUUGCCACCCUGUAGAUCAAGACCACCCCCCAGAAACAUCAUACAUACAUCACAGAAGGGGUGUAACCUAAGACCACCCCUCAGAUACAUCACACCUACAUCACAAAAAAGGCGGUCUAAAACAGAAGUUUGAAUGUUGUUUUUCUCCUGUCGUUGUUUAUUUCCUGUCUGGCAGGUUACUUGAUUGGAUUGCCUGGGGAGCCUGGCCAGUCUUUUGUAAUGAUAAAUACUUAGUUCCUGGGCCAUGUCACAGGCUCACACCCUAUUCAAACACAGACAUACCGUUAAGAUAGGAUUUGUGAAGGAAAAGACAAUGGGAGGCUUUUCCAUUUUCCUUUGACCUUGCAGAGAAAACAUUUGGUCAGUUUGGGACAGUUUGGGAAUCAAAAAUGGUUCCAGGUUGGUCUUCCUGUACAUGCUUCCUGUACGUGCCUGGUUGGUACACUUAUGAACAUUUCACAUAUAUCUAAGACCUCAAAAUUCCUAUCACACCUGUCAGCAGCUGGGUAGGUUUAAGGUCUUCAACGUCCCCAGCUACCACAUCCAUCUAUUUCCAGGGGCUAAAGGUGGCCUUUGAAAGCUUUGCUGGCUUGGCCUUAAAGGUGGGUACUUGCCUGGCUUUCUUUCUACAAACCACCAGGACUACACUUCACCGUAAACAGUAUAUCCUGUAUGUGGAACAGAAAGAUCAAACGGUGCUCACCAUAUCUGGUGGGAACCUGUUACACUGAAGAAGCAGUGGCUUGAUCCCUGUUAAUCCAAAAUGACAAAUCCUUUUUAAUCCGCACACAUUUGCUCUCUUCAUUUGGGCAAUUACAAGUGUAGAAAGUCUCUCUCCCUCUCCCCCCCUCCUUCUUUCUUUUAAUAAACUGAUUAUUAUGGAGGGAAGAUUGCGUUUAGCCACGGCCUUAAAAGGCUAUUUGUCCGCACUCUGCAGGGAUGACACUAAGCUGAAGAAAGACUAGGGAUGGCUCUCUGGCUUGCCUUUCGUUCCAGAACUUAUAGACUGCAAUCCCAAGGGAGGGUGCAGCAGCCAUGUCACAACCAGGGAUGAUGGAUGGCUUCCAGUAGGAAGGGGCUCCAUGCACAGCCAUUUGUAGGGUGGCCAGGUGACAAAAAGGGGCAUUUCAGGAGGUAUGGUUUAUCAUGCUGAAAUCCUCUCCUCUGCACAACUACUACAUAAGCCCAGCCCAAUUUUUUUCCACUAGGAUACCCUAGAUUACUGUAAUAAACAAAAAUCUGCCCCUAUUCCCUUAUGGAGGACACAAGAGCCGUUAUAGAGUCCUUUGUAGGUUCUCCAUUGGUCGGAGAAAAUAACAGAGGCCGACCAGAGAAUAUUGAGCAGCAAAGCAGCUAGUAAGCCUGAUCUUUAUUGAAACUGUUGAAACAGGGUGCUCCCCUCACAUGCAGAAAAGGAGGAGGACCCCGAACAAAGGUGUGCCUGCCUUUAUACUGUAUAGACAUUUUAAAUUCCCUGCCCUGAAGCUCAAGACCACCCCUCCAUACAUCAUACAUACAUCACAAAAAGGGGUGGAGCUCAACCACCCCUCAGAUACAUCAUACCUACAUCACAGAAAGAGUGGUCUACAACAGAAAUCUGAGUGCAUUGUUUAUCUCUUGUCUGGCAGGUUACCUGUUAAUGGUUACUUGAUUGGAUACCCUGGGGAGCCUGGUCAGUCUUUUGUAAUGACAAAUACUUAGUUCCAGAGCCAGGUCACAGGCUCACCCUAUUCAUACACAGACAUACCCUUAAGACAGGAUUUGGGAAGGAAAAGACAAUGGGGAAGCUUUUCCAUUUUCCUUUGACCUUGCUGAGAAAUAUUUGAGGUCAAUUUGGGAGGGACAAAAUGGUUUCAGGACUUUUUCUGUGGGGUUUCAGACAUGUGGUUUAUAUAUGCAGUUAUGAACCUUUUAUAUAUAUAUACAUAUACAUAUAUAUAUAUAAUAUUUUAAUUUUUUUUUAUUUUAAUACCAUGUGAGCAGCUCCAAACCAACAAUGCAUCAUUUAGGUGGUGAAAGAGAAGCACUUUCUUCCAUAGCAUUGUCCUUCAAGCUUGAGCCCCCCAGAUGCUGUUAGAUUUCUACUGUCAUGAACACAUCUGCCCCAAGUAGAGAGGGACAGCAUGAGUCAGGAAGCAGCCAGCAGAAAAGCUUGCAUUUCUCUCAGACAGCUGGGAGCAUGUCGGCUGUCUACUCCCCCUGACACUGAAAGGAAUGCAGAUAAGACGCUAGCAAAGGGCGGGAUGGAGAGAAGCCUACUCGCUCAAGAAGCAUAGGCAGGCUCGGAAAGCAGAAGGGAGAGCAUUUCCUCACCGGAAGAGGAGACAAUUAAUCCUGUGAGCCCAAGGAGUUGAUGUAUGGGGAAGGUAUUAGACAGGAAACAAUACCAGAAACGUAAGGGUCAUAGGUUCAGGAUAUUCUGCAGAAGCAGGAAGAACUCCUCAGAAGGGUCAACUGAAUCAUAAGGUACGGAAGCUCCGAUAGCACUCUGGAGGCUGAUUGUUUAUUUUGCAAUGAAUCUUCAAGCUAAUUACGACUUGCGUGCUGUGUUGUCAGGGCCUGGGCUCCUGACAUCUACUGCCAUUAUUCCUGGCUAAAACCUAUCCAUUCUGAAGGAAAUCAGCCCUGAGUGCUCACAGGAAGGACAGAUCGUGAAGCUGAGGCUCCAAUACUUUGGCCACCUCAUGAGAAGAGAAGACUCCCUGGAAAAGACCCUGAUGUUGGGGAAAGAUGGAGGGCACAAGGAGAAGGGGACAACAGAGGACGAGAUGGUUGGACAGUGUUCUCGAAGCUAGCAGCAUGAGUUUGACUAAACAACAAUGUGUGAUGAAGAAGUCAUCAUGAAGAAGGCCAGAAGAUCACACACACACACACACACACACACACACACACACACACCCCAAACCAGGCCAGGUACAAAGGAGAGGGGAAAUGUACAUUUUGAAGUUGUAUAGAACAGUGUGAUCUUCAAUCCCCAUAUGUUGCUGGACUUCAACAGCCCCAACUGGCUUUGUUGUUGUUGUUGUUGUUGUUGUUGUUGUUGUUGUUGUUAUUGUUGUUUAGUCGUUUAGUCGUGUCCGACUCUUCGUGACCCCAUGGACCAGAGCACGCCAGGCACUCCUGUCUUCCACUGCCUCCAGCAGUUUGGUCAAACUCAUGCUGGUAGCUUCGAGAACACUAUCCAACCAUCUCAUCCUCUGUCGUCCCCUUCUCCUUGUGCCCUCCAUCUUUCCCAACAUCAAGGUCUUUUCCAGGGAGUCUUCUCUUCUCAUGAGGUGGCCAAAGUAUUGGAGCCUCAGCUUCACGAUCUGUCCUUCCAGUGAGCACUCAGGGCUGAUUUCCUUCAGAAUGGAUAGGUUUGAUCUUCUUGCAGUCCAUAUACAUAAACACACAUAAACACCUCUGAUUGGAGGUAUAUGCACCGCAUCUGUCCACACAUCACCAUGGGAAAACAGAGCUCUUGGAUGCUCGAUAUAUGUGUGUGAUCUGAGGACCAGAUGUCCCAGAGAGAUGAGAUCCGCUGGAUCAAAGAUGUUGCAUGGAAAGCAAGUUUAGAGAAAGCCAUUUUUGCACAUAUGUCCUCAUGGAUUUGUACCAGGGAGUACUUCACAGAUGCAUUAAUAUUAUCUUUUAAAAAGUUUGCCACACUCUGCAAUGAUGUCUGGUUUUUCAGGAUAGUCGCAUUUUUGCCAGCAAUUAAGCCGCAGCUUGUCAUUGCUGACAAGUGGACUGGCAUUGCCAACUAGCUUUGUCAUGAGUGAAUGGCUGUUGUUUAUUUUUAACCUAGCCAGUUUAAUUCAGCCCCCUCCCUCAAUCCUCGACACUGUAAUUUGUGGAUCACAUUAGUUCCCUUCAGCCGGAGGCAUUGACUUUAUCGGAGUCCUCCUAAAUGGAAAUAAAUGUGAAUGAUUUAUGCGGCCGUUCCAGCAGAGGCCCUGCUCAAUUGAGUUGAUACAAUACACAAUAACACGACUACAAAUUGCUCCUGGUAUUUGCUGAAGGAGGCUGCUGUUUUCCCCCCUCCCCUCUCUCUGUAUUAAUGUCUCCUGUUGUUUAGAAAUGUGUGAUAUUAAUGGAACUUUUCCAUAUGCUGCUGUUUCGCUGCAAUUUGCCCUUUUUUGGGUGGGAGAGAGAGGGCAUCUUCGUAGCAAUUUACAGCAGGCAAAGAAUCACACAAUCAGUGUUUUCAUAGAGUUGGAAGGGACCCUGAGGGUCAUUUAGUCCAACCCCUGACAAUGCAGGGAUCUUUUGCCCAAUGUGGGGCUCAAACCCACAACCCUGAGAUCAAGAGUCGCAUGCUCUAAUAUAAUAAUAAUAAUUUAUUAUUUCUGCGCUCCCUUCAGAUGUGAAGGAAAUAAGCAGCUACCUGACUUUAAGGAGACAUCUGAAGGCAGCUCUGUUUAGGAAAGUUUUUUAAUGUUUGAUGUUUUAUUGCUUUAUUAUUAUUAUUAUUAUUAUUCUGUUGGGAGUCGCCCAGCAAGGCUGGAGAGGCCCAGCCAGAUGGGCGGAGUAUGACUAUUAAAUAAUUAUUUAAAAUGUUCCUACCUUGUUUUGUUGGGACGCGGGCGGCGCUGUGGGUAAAACCUCAGCGCCUAGGACUUGCCGAUCGCAUGGUCGGCGGUUCGAAUCCCCGCGGCGGGGUGCACUCCCGUCGUUCUGUCCCAGCGCCUGCCAACCUAGAAGUUCGAAAGCACCUCCGGGUGCAAGUAGAUAAAUAGGGACCGCUUACCAGCGGGAAGGUAAACGGCGUUCCGUGUGCUGCGCUGGCUCGCCAGAUGCAGCUUGUCACGCUGGCCACGUGACCCAGAAGUGUCUGCGGACAGCGCUGGCUCCCGGCCUAUAGAGUGAGAUGAGCGCACAACCCUAGAGUCUGGCAAGACUGGCCCGAACGGGCAGGGGUACCUUUACCUUUACCUUUACCUUUACCUUGUUUUGUUAGUAAUAACACAGUUUGCCUAACUGUAGGGUCCUGGUUGCUCGGCAGCGCACUCUGGAGUCACAUUUUAAUAACGUAUUAUUAUCAUUCCUUAAUGCUUUCUUAACGUUAUAAACCAUGAGUGUAGAUCCGUCCCUAGUUUUCAGAAACAUUGCUGCCUCCGAUGAUGGAGGUAGACUAUAGACAUUAUGACUAGUACAAUGGUACCUCGAUUUUUGAACAGCUUAGUUCCCAAACAACUUGGAACUCAAAUGCUGCAAAGCUGGAAGUCAGUGUUCAGGUUUGUGAACUUUGCUUCGGAAGCCAAAUGUGCUCCCAAGCUUCUGUUUUCACUGUUGCACUGCUAAUCUGCAUCCCCCCCCCCCCAUUGUAAUCAAGGCUUUCCAUUUUUGACUGCAGUGUUCUGAGGUGAUAUUUGGAGCUUAUAUUUGGUGCUUUUGUUUUUGCUAUUUUUUUUGCAUUUUUGUUUGUGUGGCUGUUUCGGUUUUGUGACUGUGGCUUGUUCUUCAUUUUAUGAUUGAUUGAUUGAUUGAUUGAUUCUGUGACUGUGGAAAUGGAUAAAAGCCCCCCAUCCAAACAAUGACUAUCAUCAGUGCAGGUAAGGAAAAAAUAAUACUUUUAAUUUUUAUCAUCUACAAUACUGUCUUCUUUAUUUUAUAGUUCAGUAUAUUGUUUAUUGCUUUCAUUUUAUGGCUCAAUGGUCUCGUUAGAUAGUAAAACUCAUGUUAAAUUGCUGUUUUAGGGGUUGUUUUUAAAAGUCUGGAACGGAUUAAUCUGUUUUGCAUUACUUUCUAUGGGAAAGCGCGCCUUGGUUUUGGAACGCUUUGGUUUUGGAACAGAGUUCUGGAACGGAUUAAGUUUGAGAACCAAGGUAGCCUUAUUUGACAGCCUUAUUUCAUAAGCACUGGAGGAACUUGAUAGGUUAACCAUCUAAUGUUGGACAUUUUCUGCACAGUCCAAAACCCUAUAUGUGCCAAGGGAAAUGCUCUGCCUGGUACACUGUGAUUCCACUUGUGGGAUGGGCAUUGAUUCUUCUGUACACACGGAGUUCUGCAGUGUGCACCAGAGCCAUUAGAUUUUGGGCUGUGCCUAUGGAGCCCUUCAACACCUUCUCCUAGCUUGUAGUGCUAUCAAUUUCUCCAUUUUGGGAUGGAUGUAGAAUAAUGGUCAGCAUUUUCUUGAGACUAAGAAUGAAGAUGCGCUAGUAUUGAAGGCUGGUGGGCCAUUUGAAACUUGUGGACCUUUCCUUCCCAACCCCACUUUGAGAUACAGUGGUACCUCUGGUUGUGAACGGGAUCUGUUCUGGAGGCCCGUUCGCAACAUGAAAAGAGCGCAACCUGCAGCGGCGCACCUGCGCACACGCUGGUUGCGAUUUGCGGCUUCUGUGCAUGCACGUGAUGUCAUUUUGCACUUCUGCGCAUGUGCGAGUGGUGAAACCCGGAAGUAACCCUUUCCGGUACUUCUGGGUCGCCGCGGGACGUAACCUGAAAGAACGUAACAUGAUGCGGACGUAACGUGACGUAUGACUGUAUCUCCCAAGAGCCAUGGGGCUUGCGGAAAUGGGUACUGCCACCCUGGAAAAAAAGACCAAGAUGCAUGUGUUUCAAUAUUUAGCGAGGCCUACAAAGAUGGAGAUUGCACACUUCCUGCCCACAGGUUGACGAUCUAUAAUAGACCUUAUACAAAGAGGGUUGGGGAAGCAACACAGAAACAGUUCAAUUCAGGAACACAGAAACACUCAAAUUCAGGGCCAAACAUGCACUUUUGGGUCCAAAUGGCACCCCAACAUUUCUCAGGAUUAGCACAGCGAGGGGGCAGGAGAGUUUAACCCUUUCCUCCUUUGCUCUGAUUCCUGGCGAAUAUCAUUCCUCUGAAGCUGUAGUGUAUAUUGAGAGGUUUAGCUUUUUCUUUCUCUUUGUUUAUCCCUAGUCUAAAUUUUCACCAUAACCUCCUGUUUGUUCAGGCCUGGGGGGAAAUAGCAGUGGGGAUGGGGUAUUUAGACAGACUAGAAUGGCACAGUCCUCACUAUAAUUUUCCUGGUUAAAUGAACACCCCUGCCACCCCGAUAGAAUAAAAAAAGCAGGAGCUUAAUUGUUCUUGUGGUGUAGAUCUCAGACUGUAGGUAAGGGAGUCUUAAUCUUUCACAAUAAGUAAUUAAUAAUAUUAUUAAAAGAUUUCCCUGCACAUAGAAAAGCAGCACAUCAGGAAUAUGAGUUCUUUCCCCCGUUCUGCCUUACAUGCUAGUUUUCUUAGGUGUGAGCAUGCUUGCGGAAGGGAGCAUUUGAUCCUGCACUCCUUUGUCUGCCAUUUGAAAUGGAGCAGUUGAUACACAAAUUUACUGCAUUACGUGCCAUUUACGAGAACAUGUAUCCCUUAUCAAUCCAUCUGGCAAGGAUAUCUUGCUUCCAUAUUAAACUGGGACCCUAUACCCCACUUGCCUGGUGUCAACCUCGUUAAACUCAACAGCACCUGCGUCAGAGUAGACACAGAUAGGAUUGCAAUGUUAAUUAAGCUCCAAAUAUUUUGAACUGGCUGUGCAUUCUGAUCUUGGCAGGUUUUGUGUUGUUGUUUUUUAAAAAAAUCCUAUUAUUUCCUAUAAGUGCAAUUUCAGGAAUAUCUGCUGCCUAUCACAUCACAGCUUUGCAUAAAGAGGAACUGCGAACUGCUGGGGAGCCUUCUGAAAUCUUCGUUAAAUGGGUCACCCCACAGCAGACAACACAAACAAUCUUAACAGCUUCCCAGAAAAGAGACUCAGGGGUGGAAUAGGCUUUGCCUGACACUGAUGCACAUUCCUUCUGCCUUCUGAAAGCAACAGUGGAUGCUUGCUGCUUAAGCAUUACAAUCUUUGCAGCUAAUUUAUUUUAUUUUCUACUUUAAAAAGAGAGAGAGAGAAAAGGUUUUUUUCAAGGCCUGGAGAUCUAGGUCACAGAGUGUGUGCAAAUUAAUGCAUCUCAGCUGUAUGAAUAUGUGAAUGCGCUGCAUCCGUCUUAGGGCUGUGAUAAAUAUUCAGAAAUAUGUUUCAGCGAUCUGAGACAGAACUUUAACGGUGCAUAGCCUUUUUUAUUCACACGGUGAAGGGUAUUGCAAAACCCAACAUUCCAGAGUUGUGAUGGCUGUGUUGAUUUGGCCCAUCAACUAGCUUGAAGAAUACAUAGUCGAUUCAUCAUCUGCCUUCUGAACCAAUUUGAUUUAUUCAUCCCGUUCAAAUGGGCAUAUUGCAAAUCAUCAACAUUAGGCACCUUUUUGAGGGUUAAUCGGGAUACAUGAGGCAGGGGGAGCUGAGCCAGCAGGGUUAACAGCUGCUGCAGGAAUCGAGAGAAGCAUUGGCUGGCUUCACUGUUUUUCUCACAUUGUGAUUUUUGCAUAGCACACACACAAAUGCCACAAUUCACAGUAUAUUGUCAGGUCACAAAUUAUGAAACCGAUAUCAAACCAGUUUUGCAUGAUAUAUUCCCCAGCCCGUGUGUGUGUGAUAUUUGAACAUGAAUUGCAUUAACACAAUUAACAUAUAUUUGUCUUGUGGUAGCUUUUCUUGCAUAGCCCCAUAUGUUUACUUGUAACAGAUACGGAAGACGCCUGCUCACCAAAUUCAGAAGUGGAAAACAAACAUUCUCUCUCCUUCUUUUCUAUUGAUUUCAUCACAGUUAACAUGGAAUCUCACCUCCUUUAGAGAUUACAUUACAGUUGUCUGGGAAAUCUCUGAACUGGUCUUGUCUGCACAUUGAUCAUCUGCUUGGUUUCAACAGGGAACAAUUUAUUGCUUGUAUUUUUAGUCCUACCCACCCCCUUUCCACACCUGACAGCCAGCAGUAUUCGCUGGCAUCCAGUGGAGCUUCAUUAAGAGUUUAAUACACUAUCAGACUCGUUCACAUUUAUCUAGUUUAUUAUCCCUGUUGUCAUUUUGAUUUUUACCAAGUGGUGGCCAGACCGUGCGUGUGCAAAGGGCGUUUAAAAAUAGAGUAAAUUGCGUACAUAGCCUUGGAGCCACACAGGGCUUGAUUUAGGUCUAUAAAUAAAUCCGUUGCCUCUGGCAAGUAAGAAGAAACUUCAGGCAACUUCUUUCUGGCGUUGUUUUAAUGUGUUUUUAUUACGUUGCAUUGCAUUGCACAUGUUGAGGGGUGGCAUCCUCAUCCUCUCUCUGGUGCAAAUGCAACUUGAAACACAGCAGGGGAAAAUGAACUUGCUGCUCUGAGCCUUUUCCUCCUGGGAGUUUGGUCAGGAAGGUGGGUUGUGCCUUUCUGACGCCAUAUUUUGUGCUUUGCACCUUGAUCACAGCCACAUAGAUUUCUAGAACCUCUGUAUAAUCCUCUGUGCCAAGUUCUUGAUGAGUCAUGGAUCCCCCCAAUGAGUCACCUGCCUUCAUCAUUAAAGCUGCAUGGAGUAAUCAGGGUGAUUAAACUGUGAUAUAUCAUCUCCCCACACUUUAUGAUCUCACAGGGCUGGUUUACAGAAUGCGGUUGUGUUUAUUCUCAUUUACAUUGGCCUCUGAGGAGAAUUUGGCUCCAAACAGUUAAAACUGUGAAGACAUUGCUGCUGUUUCUCUGAGUGAUGUAGGGAAUAUGUACCGUAUUUUUCGCUCUAUAAGAUGCACCAGACCAUAAGACGCACCUAGCUUUUGGAGGAAGAAAACAAGAAAAAAAAAUAUUCUGAAUCUCAGAAGCCAGAACAAAAAGAGGGAUUGCUGCACAGCGAAAGCAGCAAUCCCUCUUGCUGUUCUGCCUUCUGGGAUAGCUGCGCAGCCUGCAUUCACUCCAUAAGAUGCACACACAUUUCCCCUUACUUUCUAGGAGGGAAAAAGUGAGUCUUAUAGAGCAAAAAAUACGGUAUAUUAGAAAGGAGGGGAUGGGAGAGAGAGAAUUGCAUUCUGCUUUCCCUUUUUGCAGAACACACCAAAGUUGGACUGUGCACCAACGCAUUUCACUCCAACCGAUAUAAAACACGACAGCAGCUCAGUGUCCUUAUGCCCUUUACCUUAAGCUUCCUCUGAAAUAGCAUGGUGUUUUAUUGUGGCUGAUGAGGUUUGGGAGCAAAGUGUUCCAUGUCUUGCCCUCUGGCACAAGGGGCUGUCAAACCCCUUUUUACCAAGGUCCUCUCUGUGCCAAAAUUAUACUGUAGAGUGCACCUUGGCUCACCUUUAACUAAGAACUGGAAAGACAAUAUAACCCAAAGGAUAAACUGGAAUGUUUUGGCUGCCAGUCUUCUGAACUGGUGAACUGUUGGAUUCAAGAGCUGAAACUUGGCAAUUUUGAGCUGUCAGAGUUGUCACAUCCACCAGUCCAUUUGCAGAUUCCCUUGGUGCCCAAACACAACCCUGUUGUGUAUCUAAACUAGUGAUCUGACACAUGUCAUGUACAGCUGGAAUGUCACGCAUGCCUUGUCACUCAACUCUGGCCAAAGGACAGAAUUGUAAGAGUGGUCAAGAAAGGUCCCUUUACUCCAAUAGGUCAGAACUUGUCAGGUGGUGCCCCUUGGGGAGGGGGGGAAGCAACACAUUUGCUAACCUGAAGAACUAGAAUGUACAGUGGUACCUCAGGUUAAGUACUUAAUUCGUUCCUGAGGUCCGUACUUAACCUGAAACUGUUCUUAACCUGAAGCACCACUUUAGCUAAUGGGGCCUCCCACUGCUGUCACGCCGCCGGAGCACGAUUUCUGUUCUCAUCCUGAAGCAAAGUUCUUAACCUGAAGCACUGUUUCUGGGUUAGCGGAGUCUGUAACCUGAAGCGUAUGUAACCUGAGGUACCACUGUACAUAAUUUUGAGUGAGGGAGCCCUCUGCGGAAGCAUAGAGUCCCAAUGAUAUCCUAUCAUGGUGACUUCCGCUUUUGCUCUCCAACUUUGAAAUACAGUGGUACCUCUGGUUAUGAACUUAAUUCAUUCCGGAGAUCCAUUCUUAACCUGAAACCGUUCUUAACCUGAGGUACCGCUUUAGCUAAUGGGGCCUCCCGCUGCCGCCAUGACGCCGGCACGUGAUUUCUGUUCUCAUCCUGAGGUAAAGUUCUUAACCCGAGGUACUGCUUCUGGGUUAGCGGAGCCUGUAACCUGAAGUGCAUAUAGCCCGAGGUACCACUGUAGUUGGCUGUAUUUAUAAAACAAAAUAAAAUGAGAGAAAUUGUUUUUCACUUCAAUGACUGCACACACAGAGAGAAAGAGAGACACUGCCCUUUAUUUUAUGCUAUUUACAAAGCUGGACAACCCAUCCACAUCAUGAGUGAACAGAAAGGAAGACUGUUAACUAAAUUAGUAUUCAGUUAGCUGCCUAGUCUGCCAUUGAUUUUGAAUGUGGGAAAUAGCCAAGACUUGACAUGCAGGGGAAAUAUGUGCUGUGAUUCCCCCUCUCCACAGGAGACUGGCUCUUAUUGACUGCCUUGGCCUUUCUCCCCCUCUGAAACCCCCUGCCUCAGGGCCGACUCUACCAUUAGGCAGUGUAUGGCAAUUGCCUCAGGUGGCAGAUGCUGAGGAGCAGCCCCUCUAGCCAUUCCUCCAGAGUUUCCCCAAGCUGCAUUUGGCACUGGCACAUGCCCAUUGUACAGUCCCUAAAUUAGCUAACUUCCCUCAAGUGCAGGGAAGACAUUCUGUUGCCAACCCAGCCAGCAUCUGUUCAUGAAUUGGGGGCAGGCGCCAUUUUGUCCUUCCCCUCAGGCAGCCAUAGGUCUUAGGCUGGCCCUGCGCACCACAAACAUGGAACAACUCAUGGUAUAUCUUUCCCAGACCUCCAGACGAUUAUCCUCCCUUAGUCUGGUUUGAAAUCUAUUUUGGUUUGGGGUUUGUGUGUUUAAUAACACAGGAACCUGACAUGAAUCGACAAUGAGCCUUAAUUGAGACAAUAACUUACAAGUGAGCAUACGAAAAGUGGUGCCAAAUAAAUAAAGCUGCAGAUUUUUGUGAGGUGUUUUUCAGUGUUUGGGGAAGUGGGAUUUCAAUGUUUGAUUGGAAUCGAAAGAGGAACGGCCUCCUUAAUGUCACCUUGUCAGGGGAGAACAAGAUAAUCACAGCUCAAACUGCAGGGGACUCUCACAGGCGCCCUUCAGAUGAGGCGACGGUUAAUAAUUAUGUGAAAGAAUUCAAGUGGCCCUGCCUUUUUGUGACUCCCAUCAUGGUUAUGCCACUGGUGGGAAAAUAACAGAAGAGCGAGGACCAAAAAGCUUUGAUAAUAGGGAUGAACGAGGGGUUGGUCUCUGCCUCUGCUUAGCUUUUCCCACCCUUAGCUGGUUCCCUGUUUUACGGCCUGUAUUUGCUGUGCUUUGGAAUUAUGCUGGGAUUCAAAGCAGUUCAACAAUCUAAUCGUACCCCUCCGAGAUGGGCUGGUUCAUGGCACUGAAACACUCUGCAGAAAGGCCACUUUCACACCAUAUAUUUAAGUCCCUGAGGUAAAACAGUCAUGGCUUCCUCCCGAGAAUUCUAGGUUGCUGUUGUUUGUUAAAGGUACCGAGAGUACAUACCCCGCAAAUGUCCCGGAAAAACUGGGGUAUCCCAUUGUUUUAUUGAGAUAGAAGGGAGGCCAUUUUGGUUGCUGUGAUCUCAUGCUGUGAUUUCCCCCUGGAAAAAGCACUUUUUGCCGGGGCCGCAAUCUUGUGUAGUGCUCCAAAACGUGAAAACCGUGGGGGAGAAACUGUGGUGUGAAUUCAUGUGAGAUCAGGGCAACCAAAAUGGCUCCUGUGCUCUCGCGACAAAAAAUAAAUAAAUGGGGAGAUGGCACCUGGGAAGAUAGCGUCAUGGAUUUUGGCUUCAAAGUGUUGGAGGGUUGCCAUCUAAGAGAUUAGAGUGUGCUUCAACAUGCUUAGCCAUGUAUCAGUUCUGCUACUUCAAAAAUGAAAAUCUAGCUCAUCCUUUGCGCAUUAUUACAAAUCUUGGCAGGUAUUUGUCUUACUCUGAUCUGAGUUAAUGGAGAGAUAGAUUCUGGUUGUGAAAGUUGUAUUUUUGCAUCUUGUAUGAAGAAUCUUGCCUAGGUUACUUCCUUUCCCCCCCCUUUUUCAGCAGACAGAGUAGCUUUAUGGCAUUAUGUAACUCCGUAUUUGCUCUCCAUUAUGCCUUCAGACUGGCACUGCAGUCUCUUUAAUCAUUAACAAGUUGAGAGUCAGCUCUGGCAAACAUCUGCAGAUGAGUGCAUGGGCGGCUUAACUUAACAUCGGAAUGAAAAACAAGCAGCGUGGAGCUCCCUUUUAAGUUGAUAGGACCUUCUGACUUUCUUUCCGCUGGAGAUGAUCUAUUUUUGGAAAUGAUAGGUGAGCCAAUGUAAGAAAAUCUGAGCUCUAGCUUUAAUUGAGCCUUGGUUUUCCCCAUUUUCUCGUGUUAGUCGGUUCUUGUUAGCACAGGAUCCAGUUGGUUCUGGAGGCUAUCCUUUUGUAUACUCAGAAAUGGCUAUAUCAUAGAAUCAUAGAAUUGGAAGGGGCCACAAGGUUCAUCUAAUCCAGCCCUCUGCAAGGCCAAUGUGGGGCUUGAACCCACAACCCUGAGAUUAAGGGGUCUCAUGCUCUACCAGUUGAGCUAUCUGUAUGAUUCAGCUGCCAGUAUGUCAGAGUCACAGUUGUCAGGUUGGUCAGUUAUGAGAUCUGACUCCGUUGGUCGAGUCCAAAAGUCCAGUUUUUAAUUAUAAGAAAGGAUGCAUUUUGUCUUGCAUUCUGAAAGCAAAUUACUGGUACUUGCUGCACAAGGUCACAAGGUGAUUUCUGCUUUACACCCAGAAAGCUGUGUAAGGAACUCUGGCACUGUGAUAAAAGCAUUAACACGACUGUGGUAGCAUCUAUAAAGGAGGUAAAGAGACCCCUGAAUGUUAAGUCCAGUCGCAGACGACUCUGAGGUUGUGGCGCUCAUCUCGCUUUACUGGCCGAGGGAGCCGGCGUUUGUCCGCAGACAGCUUCCGAGUCAUGUGGCCAGCAUGACUAAGCCGCUUCUGGCAAACCAGAGCAGUGCACGAAAACGCCAUUUACCUCCCCGCCGGAGCGGUACCUAUUUAUCUACUUGCACUUUGACGUGCUUUCAAACUGCUAGGUUGGCAGGAGCAGGGACCGAACGACAGGAAAUUCAUUCUGCAAACCAGGGCUUAUUUUCAGCCGCAACUCACCAAAAUUCAGCUCUGGCACCUCUCAGGUGAGCCCCAUUGCCAUUCUAAGAGAACAAGGGAGCAGUGGCAGAGGAAGGGGUGUGCGGGGUGUGUGUGUGCAGUCCACUCUGGGUGUCAUCAAUGAAGGGGGGUGACAAAAUGACCUUUUUUGGGGGGGGGGGAAAUGGGCUCACGAAAUUUUUGAGGAGUGACAUGGUGGCUUAGGUGCCUGCAGGUUCUGUGCUGCUUGAAACUGCAGCGUGGGACUUGCGUCUGCCUACUACCUCUCCCUCAGCCACCCUACAGCUGAGGGGGAGGCGGUGGAGAGGCUUCAAGUGUCGGAGAGACUCCCCCCCCCCCCAUGGCACAGAUCACCCCACCUCCAUUGGUGCAGAUCGCCCGCCCCCAGCUACAGGGCAUGCCCCCCACACCAGGCACCCGAGCGGCUAGCUACGCUGCUGCAAGGGAGGUGUUCAUGGUGAGUUCCUGCACCUCCUUUUGUAGAAAAAGAGCACUGCUGCCAGCAUCCCUUGAACACAACCAAAUGUCAUUCAAGCUUCCCAUCUUAUAGAAGAGAUGCUGUCAGUUUUCUCUGCCCUUGUUUUAUGCCUAGAGCCAGGAUUCUUUGAACAACAACAACAACAACAACAACAACAACAACAACAACAACUUAUUAUUUGUACCCCGCUGUCAGGGAACUGCCAUCAGCUCAGAGGUGAGAGGUGGAAGGGCAGUUGGAUUACAGAGAGCCUCCAAAGAUCGUGGGAAGCAGCACUUCCUCAGCGGAGGAGGGAAGUCCCGCCUCUAGUCAGGAAGGGAUGCCGGGCUUGGAGGAUGCAAGAAAGAGCCAAGACACUGUGCCUGAGCAAAGCGGGGAGGAGGGAGGUGCCCCUUUACCCAAGCCUUCCCUGUGCAGUAGGUUUUCGCCUAGAGAGGGGAGGCGUCGGCUGGGGGUCAUGAGACUACUCUGCUGGGGAAAGUUUAAGGACCGCCCACUCUCAGAUUCUGCUAGUGACUGAGGAAGACAUGGAAUAGAGGCGUUCUGCAUUGUAAAUGUUUUUGCACCAAUAAUAAAGCCUUUGAAAAGACCAGUCAGGGAUCUUGCCGGUUCGCUCUCGAGCAACCACACCGAUAGGCAUAACACCCGCCCAUCUGGCUGGGUUUCCCCAGCCACUCUGGGCGGCUUCCAACAAAACAUUAAAAUGCAGUAAUGCAUCAAACAUUAAAAGUUUCCCUAAACAGGGCUGCCUUCAGAUGUCAGCUAAACGUUGGCAAAGUCCUUCUGGCUGGGCAGGACGGGGCAAGCACAGAAGCCCUAGGCUUCACAGAAGAUUAAUCUAUCUUGUACACUUAGUGCUGAAUGAUGGCUUAGUGUUACAGUACAUGCAAAGUGUCUUUGAGCCAUGGGCCACUAAAUAUUGUGUGUGUGUGCGCGCAUGUGUAUUCUGCUCUUUUUACAGUUGCCAAGAAAAGGGUUGCCAGCUCUGCCUCCUUUUUACGCUGGCCCUGCUCCCAUGCCUUUAAUUGUAGCCUGGCACAGAGGCAUUAAGCAGGUGUCACUUUCCCUUCUCUUAAUCUCCUUGCCAGGAAAAGCUCUGCCUGCUAAAUUCCUGCAUGCUGGGCUAUAAUUAAAAGCAGAGGAGACAACACCAUCACCAAAGUUGGCAGUCCUAUCCAUGAAGCACACCUUAACGAUCUUUGCGUGGUGAGUUCCCGCCUCCCCCCAGUAGGAAUAAAGACACAGGACACCAUUAUUUAAGGUUAAUGGGCUAAAAUUGGCCACAACUUUAUUGGUUACAGGUAAGAGCAGUAUUGGCUUAGGCAUUGGUCCUAUCAGACUAUCCGGCUUCAGCCUGUUUGCUUGAAAACCGGGAAGGGUUAACACCAGCAGGGGGAGCCCUGCUGAUGCACAUCAACUAGGUACUCCCCUGGGGUCAUCGAUCGGGGCCGUGCUUUAGGCCCUGGCCUCCAUAGGCUUCGGACGAUGCAACGCCCCCUGGAAUCCCUUACCGGACUACCCUUCAAUAUUUGGGGGAGGUGAUGGCGCUCCCCCCCCAACACAUCUACAUAACAAUAGCCCUACCAAUGCCUAACUGCCAAAACCAAGGAGUUGUGACGAUUUGCUACGAGGUAGGCAAAAAAUCAAAUGGCCAGUGCCAAUUCGCCAAGUGGAAAAAAAUCCUACCAGGCCCCUCAACGGCGACCAACCUAGGUCCAUAGCAAGGUCAGAAGGGAAACCUUAAAGGGCAGGUGGGUGGGAAACCACAACAGCUGCGUGAACCGAAGAGGGAGAUCCCGGGUCCGCGCCUGCCUUAAAUGAGGCAAGCCACACCCCCUGAGCCAGCCAAUUGGCUGGCUCAGGGGAUGACGCGGCCCGAGGAUUCCCCUGAUCGUGAGGGGCUGGAAACCAGCCUCCGCGUGCGUGUUGGGGGCACGAGCCCGCAAUCCCACCUCCUCCUGAUGUCGGAAGUGGCUUUGCAUGGCUGUGCUUGUACAGGAAUCUGAUUGCUUCCUGUCUCUCAUUUCUACCCCCUUGAUUUGUUUGAUUGAGUGGAACUCGGCGAAACGAAGUGAGAGCACUUGUUUUAGCCUUGCCGCGCUACCUGUAAAUGCUGCGGUAAUGCCAUUAUUUCUGCUCUCCCAAAUUCUCUACAGCGAGAGCUUGUAAACAUGCAGCGUAAAGGAGGCUACAUGCUGGCAGUGAGCUGGGAUUAAUUUAUCAGAAGGCACAGAGAAAUGGAUCUCUGAAAUGAACAUGCAGAUGGAUGCAGUAGACUGUUUUAAUUUGUUGAAGUUCUUAUUUAUACUUUUCAUGUUUAUACUUUUCAUUAAUUUUGCAAUCAUUUUAACGUUUCAAAGUUUGACUUCCUUCCCUUCCCCCUCUUUCUGCAGUUCCUUAAAUUUAUUUUUUCAUAUUUUCUGCAUAUCCAAAUUCAUUUCAUUUACUCACUUAAUUAUCUAUUUUAAAUAUAUACUCUUAUGAAACGGCACGUUAUUACAAUAAUCCUGCCAAUGUUUUUAUCUGUUCUCAAUUUAUCUGCAAAAAUUCAAUAAACCAUUUCCAUUCUUUUAUAAAAAGUUUCUUGCCUUGAUUUCUUCCGGUAAGUUUUGCCAUUUCUGCAUAUUCCAUAAGUUUUUUUAUCCAUUCUUUCUUUGCUGGGACUUCUGCUUAUCUCCAUUUUGAGGCGAGUAGCGUUCUUGCCGCUGCAGCAGCAUACAUAAAUAAAUUUCUAUACAAUUUAGGUAGUUCUGUCCCUAUAAUACCCAAAAGGAAAGCUUCUGGUUUUGGUUUUUUCCAAUGGUUAUUUUUAACCAGGCCUUUGGUUGAUCUGAUUUACGUCCUAUGCCCUUUAAAAAUGUGUUUUGUUUUGGGAGGCUAUUGGGUUGUUGUUUUUAUUUUUAUAAGGUAUUUUGUGGUUUUAUAGCUUGAUUUUAUUCUGUGAACCGCCCUGAGACCCCUGGGUAUAGGGCGGUACAUGAAUUCAACAAAUAAUAAUAAUAAUAAUAUUGGCCCUACCACCCAAAAUCAUCGGAUGAGUAGUAGCAGGCUAAAAAGCACAUCGACCAGGGCUCCUGAAGGUGGAUGCUUCUUGAAGCCGUUAUUCCUGAUCGCUGUUCCGCUCCUUUGCACUUGGGGGCACGCAACCUUCCUUCUGAUGCCGAGGGAUGGUUUAUGGGAGUUGUAACUUGAAUUGCAGGAUGAAAUUGCGCUGUCAAAGUUCAGGAGAAACCAGCUGCUUCACGCCUAGCUAUGCAGAACCCAAAAUGCUCAGGCAGUUAGGGAGAAUUCCCCUAACUAUCGUUGCUGAAAGCUUAUUGCUUGAGCUGAUUACUAGUGGAGAAAGGUGCAGAUAUGAAUGAUUAGUGCUGGUUCUCAAGAGACAAUGCAAUAAUGGAGGGUUUAAGGUAGCUGUGGGUUUAUCGCACCAGUUAGUUAUGAAACAUGAAGUGGGUGGGUAUGGGGUGGGCAUUGCACGUAAUUCAUCUGGUCCUUUGCACAAUUGCAAACUAUUGAUUACAAUACCCUUUAAGUGGCAGAUACCAAAAGAGUAGCCCUGUUAGUCUUUUACAGCAAAAACAAAGAAUCAGUGGCCUUCCACUCCCAUCAGCCCCAGACAACAGGGCUAAUCUAAGUUCAAAAUGGGGUCUGAGCUGCAAAGCUCAGACAUUCACAUGUGGUCAACUUGGAGGCAUGAUGAAGAAAGAGAGAGAUACUUGGGCAGGAAGGAAGUAUGUUGUGUUACAUCUUCCUGCCAAGGCAGAUGAGUUCUUUCUAGCAAAUUUUGUAGGAAAGCUUUGUGAACCUCAGCCCCUUCAUGUGCCUAUCUGGCCAAACAUGAAUGGCUGGUUUUGCCGCAAUAAUGUCCCACAACAAUAGCAAAAAUGGCUGAAUUCUAGACUAAAACCCUAUGCUCACUUACCUGGGAGUAAGCUUCCUUGAACCCAAUAGAGCAGGCGGUAUUCAAGAUGGUACCCUCCAGAUCUCACUCACUGGAUCAUCACCUUGUCAUAGUGAGUAGGCUUGCAUCUUCCUAUGACCCUUGUGAGCGAAGCCGUCGGGAGUCUCGUACUCCCAGCAGGGUCACCCAAGGCGGUAAGGUCAAAGGAGAGGAGCUAGACAAAGAAUGAACCAAGAAGUCCUCAAUGGCAGAGCAGGUGGAAGAUAGCAAGCGGUAUGUUGCAAUGGCUGUGAAGGCGGAUGAAGGCUGCAGCAGAUAAGAAUCUACUGGUCGUCGUGAUGGCUCAUGCCAUCGGAAUAGCGCCUUACUGUGAAGACUGUGCGUUGGUCAGUGUGCCCUGAUCUAUACACAUAAAACAAAUUCACGCACAGGCGUCUUCCCAAAAAACCAUCCCAAACCCCAAAAAGUCCCAUGGCGAUUGGCAAAUGGUAACAAGGGCAGGGCCGUGAAACCUGGAAGCCCCUAGCACACGGGUGGUGGAUAGAGAUUCAGUCGUUCUGACUCAAGGAAUGAGACAGUUGAGCAGCUCGGCAGCUGUAUCCAUGACUGAGUAGUCCUACUUAGGAUCUACUCUGCUCACCCUGAAAAGGGGGAAGGUCUAGGAAAGGUGCCCUAAGAGGAAGACAUGCUUGGCAAACCCUCACCAUGAUCAACUCUCACCCGGAAACCUAUGUCCCCACUGUGGAAGGACGUGUGGAUCCAGAAUUGGCCUCCACAGUCACUUAUGGACUCACUGUUAAGACCAGGAUUAUGGAAGACAAUCUUACUCGGCUGCAAGUGAUCGCCAAAGAAGAAGAAGGCCCUCCAGAUGUUGUUUGACUCCCACUAUCUCCACCCAGCAUGACCAUUGGUUGGGGUAAUUGGGUCUGUAAUCCAACAGUGUUUGGAAGGCACCAAACUGGCAUGCUGCUGCAACAGGGCUUAGUUCUGUGUAGAUAUGUAGGACUGCAUUUCAGGGUACCAAGUGCUUUUUAACACCAUCACUUGCGAGUAGGUCCUCUGUUGUCAUAUGCCAAACAUGUGCAGCUCCCCAAAUGCGUAGCUUUGUGGCAGUGCAGUUUUGUGCUGGAAGAACUUCAGUCAGACUCCCAACUCUUCAGUCAGUUCAGUCCUUUACUGACAGGUCCAAAGGGUGAAGGCAGUUUCACUAUACAGUGGUACCUCGGGUUAAGAACUUAAUUUGUUCUGGAGGUCUGUUCUUAACCUGAAACUAUUCUUAACCUGAGGUACCACUUUAGCUAAUGGGGCCUCCCGCUGCCACCACACCGCCGGAGCACAAUUUCUGUUCUCAUCCUGAAGCAAAGUUCUUAACCCGAGGUACUAUUUCUGGGUUAGCGGAGUCUGUAACCUGAAGCGUCUAUAACCUGAAGCAUCUGUAACCCGAGGUACCACUGUAUUCACUAUCUACAGCUUCCACUAGAUCCUUAGUAGAAGGUGAAUGCUUCAAAUGCAAAGCAAGUGCAACUCACAGCACAGCGUUCAGUAUCAAUAUGACGGAGCUUCCUUGCAGCGAAGCAAAGAGGCAAUGUACGUUGUUGUUUAGCCGUUUAGUCGUGUCCGUCUCUUCAUGACCCCAUGGACCAGAGCACGCCAGGCACUGCUGUCUUUCACUGCCUCCCGCAGUUUGGGCAAACUCAUGCUGAACACUGUCCAACCAUCUCGUCCUCUGUCGUCCCCUUCUCCUUGUGCCCUCCAUCUUUCCCAACAUCAGGGUCUUUUCCAGGGAGUCUUCUCUUCUCAUGAGGUGGCCAAAGUAUUGGAUCUGUCCUGCCAGUGAGCACUCAGGGCUGAUUUCCUUAAGAAUGGAUAGGUUUGAUCUUGCAGUCCAUGGGACUCUCAAGAGUCUCCUCCAGCACCAUAAUUCAAAAGCAUCAAUUCUUCGGCGAUCAGCUUUCUUUAUGGUCCAGCUCUCACUUCCAUACAUCACUACUGGGAAAACCAUAGCUUUUACUAUACGGACCUUUGUUGGCAAUGUACAGCCCCCUCUUAAUAUACCCAAGAAUGACCACACCCUCGGCCAGUUGCCAGAUCACAGUGACCUACUUGGCUGGUUGCCAGGUCACAGUGACCUUCAGACACUAAUCACAAGACCUACAGGUGCAAGAUAAAUGAAGCACGGGCACCAGAUUUUCCUUAAGGGCAAUUAAAGGAACCUCAAUAUAGUCAAGCUACUGGAGAUAAACAGUACUGUGUCACUGCUGUUCCACCACCAGCACUUAGUUGCAUUUGGACAUUCUAUAAAUUUGGAGGCAAAAGAGAGUGUAUUAAUAGCUGAGCUGGUUGGCAGAGCGAAGCCUCAAGUCAAAUUGACAUAGCACGCUAAUUCACUUCCCUUCCUUGAAAGUUGGUGGCAUCAACAGUUGUCACUCACGUGUCAGAUCCAUUUUGUGUCUGGCAAUUAUCCCUGUCAAAGCUGGUGGUGUUUACUGCCUGUUUCCUUUUGGAUGCCCUUCCGAUAGCGGUGAGGUGAAGAUUAAAUGUCCUAGCUGCAGGCUCUGAAAGGUUAAGUGUCUCCUCCUUGAGCUAAGUGGAAGAUUGUGCAUUUAAGGACGUGUUUCUGUGUCGGUGGCUGUCAUCAAGAAGCUGAAAAUUUUUCCCUCCUGAUUGAGGGUCUUUCUUAGGUCAUCCUAUCUGGGAUUUGUUUUGUGACUGUCUGAGAAGUUGUAUUUCUGAGCUGUUUUCAUGGAAAUGGAGCUACGUCCUUCAGACGAAAGCAAAAUGUGGGGCUAUCUUGUGGGGCCAGACCUAAAAUUGUGGUGGCCACUUGCACAAAAAAUAAGAAGCCAAAGAAAAGGGCAUACAUUGGCCUAAAACCUGCAUGUGCUAGUUUACAGCUAUAGAUGCACAUUUAGACAGUGCUAUAAUGAAAAUCAAAAUACAAUACAGUGGUAGCUCUGGUUAUGUACUUAAUUCAUUCCGGAGGUCCGUUCUUAACCUGAAACUGUUCUUAACCUGAAGCACUACUUUAGCUAAUGGGGCUUCCCGCUGCUGCUGUGCAAUUUCUGUUCUUAUCCUGAAGCAAAGUUCUUAACCCGAGGUACUAUUUCUGGGUUAGUGGAGUCUGCAACCUGAAGUGUAUGUAACCUGAAGUGUAUGUAACCCGAGGUACCACUGUACAGUCAUACUUUGGAUCUCGAACGCCUUGCGAGUUGAAUGUUUUGGCUCCCAAACGCUGGAAGUGAGUGUUCCGGUUUGCAAACGUUCUUUGGAACCCGAACAUCCGACGCGACUUCCGCUACUUCCAAUUGGCUGAAGGAACUUCCUGCAGCCAAUCGGAAGCUGCGCCUUGGUUUCCAAACAUUUGGGACUUCCAAAACGGAUUCCAUUCAACUUCCAAGGUACCACUGUACAGCGACCAAGUGACCUGGGUGCCUGUUCAGUUACCUGCCUAGGUGUAAACUUUUUAUAGGUAGGUGCAAGACCCUCCCUGAUUAUGGAUCCUUAGGAAUGUCCUCUGACAGCCCUUCAAAUUGAGGACUGUAAAAUAGACAUCCUGGUCAGGUGAAAUCGCUGAAGGGGGAAUAGCACAGAGCAGGAAGGAUGGAAGAGACUCACCCAGGGGGCAAGUGUGUUGCUGUGGAUUACUGGGAGGGAAAAGCAAUGGGGAGGUUGUUGUGGUGUGCAUGCACUGAUAGAACCACUCUGGUGCUCUCACCCAUGCGCCCACACCUUGCCAACCUCCCCACUGCCUUGCACUCAGAGCCAUAGCUAGGGAGAGGCGAGGUGGGCCCCUGCCAGGGACACAGGCGAGGAGGGCGCAAACUCGGCUAAAAAUAUGUCCAUAAAUAUGUCUAGAAAUAAAAAUAUUGGUUAUUGCCUCAUAAGAAAAGGUUUUAAAUAGAGGGUGAAUUGAAUGGGUGGUGGUGGUGGGUUUGGAGGAGAGGCGGAAGGAAGAGCUACCGUAUUUUUCACUCUAUAGGACGCACCAGACCAUAGGAUGCACCUUGUUUUAGAGGGGGAGAACAAGAAAAAAAAAUCUCCUCCUCUCUGCGCAGCGCCCCUUCAGCGAAGCGGCAGGAGAAACGGAGCCCCUUCCAUUUCUCCUCCCACUUAGCUGAAGGGGCGCCUGCCCUUCAGUGAAAGGAACCCGAAGCCUCUGGAGCGCAGCGGGAACUCCGGAGUGCAGCUUUGGAAGCUUCGCCUUGCUAUCGCUGAAGCCAAGGAGCCUGCAUUCGCUCCAUAAGACGCACACACAUUUCCCCUUAAUUUUUGGAGGGGAAAAUGUGCGUCUUAUAGAGCGAAAAAUACUGUAAUUUGUCCAUUGGGGGGGCGCAAUCUGGACAGUUCUGCCAGGGGCUCAAGAUCACAAACUACGGCUCUGUUUGCCCUUCAUCUUCUUCCUCUCAGUAAGUGACAGUAACAUACCUGACAGGAAGCUAACAUGCCUCCCCUCAUUGAACAAGCUCCUCAUUGCUAUUUUUCUCGAAAAAGAGGUGCCCGAACUCAGUAUGAACACUUCCCACAUUCUCACAGAAUGGCAAUAGCACCCAACUGAGAGGUGCCGGAACUGAGUUUCUCUGUGAGUUCCCCUUGGGGGAGGAAAAACCCUGAAGCUACUUCUAGUUGAGGGGCUUGGCCUGGGCCCCUCAAGGCACCAAAUGCACAAGCGAGGAAGGCUACAUUUGAAUCCUGGCCCUGACACCCCCCACCUUUGGUGCAGAGCAAGGUGUUUAGCCAAAAAUACAGGCAGGCAAUGAAGAAAUAAUCAUGUGUGGCCCAAAACCUGAGAGGGGAAGGGGAAUAUUGCUCUGUCCCCUGCUUGGCACUCCUGCUUACAUCCUCUUGGCUGACAGAGUGCUCUUGACACCCCUUGCUGCUGCUUCUGUUUCAUGAACCAAAGAGCUUGCUGCAUUUGGUGUUUUCCACCUGCAAAGCAGAGUUUGCUCCCUCCAAAGCUUGGUUUCUCCCCACCCCCUCAUGCUGGCACAAAAGAGCUGUGGUAUAUCACUGCUGCCUAUUACAGUGUGCAAAUGAACAAGUGAUUUAGAGAGAGUUGGGGAGGGGAGCAAAUUUCACCUCAUAUCCUCAUCAGAGGCGUUGUUCCAAAUUUAUUUUCAGCUUUCCUGGUAUUCUGUUCUCUGCAGGGAUUCCUCUUUUAAGAAGGAAAAAAAGGGGGCUUAAGUCAAAGCGAUGGCCUCGCUGCUCAUCCCAUUGUGGGGAGGAAGGUGACUCUGCUGGCUGACUCCAUAACUGGAGCAUACUCAUAAAGCUUUCACUCUACAUUAGAAGGGUGGUAUUAGUAGUAGCUGCUUGCCUUAUUCUUGCUGUGCUGCAGCCUUUCAAGUCACAGAAUCAGCCAUUAAGUUGCAGUCGCCAUCUCAUACCUGCCAACAUUUCUCCAAUGAAAAUAGAGAUGUCCUCUCCGAUGAAAAUAGGGAUGUUCUAUGCCAUACCCUCCAAUAUUUCUCCAAUGAAAAUAGGAAUGUCCUAAGGAACAGUGGGACAUUCCAGUCCCUGACCUAUGGCUAUGCUGACUGGGGACCGGAAUGUCCCGCUUUUCCUUAGGACAUCCCUAUUUUCAUCAGAGAAAUGGAGGGUACCGUAGGACGGAAUUCUAAACUGGAAGAUGUCUCGUGAAUGACUCUUUGAGGCAGGGCCGUCUUAACUGUAGGUAUUAGGGGUGCAGGGCAUCCGGGCACCGGGCUCUCAGGGACACCAGGCCAGAGUCCAGAGCCUGUCUCUGGCAGGAGUUCGGGUGCAAGCAAGCUAGUGAGGUGCUGAGGCGGCCGGCCGGCUGGCUCCACCCUCCUGAGCGCCUGGGAUUGGGGUAGGGCCGUGGAGAGGCCCACCCAGAGCAUGCUGCCCCCCCAAAGGUUGACAACUCUGGGCAACCUGGGGGGAGCGCCGGGCGGAUUUUUGCACCCCGGCACCACAUAUGCUUAAGACAGCCCUGCUUUGAGGUUAGUUUUAUAUUCAUGGCACUUUUUAAAUAAAACAAUUUUAAAGGUUGAUUUGGAGCCAAAGAACAGUUUAAAAAUAAGCAAACAUUUGCUGUGUUAAAGCAUUCCAACAAAUCAAAGAGUACCCCUCCCCUCUACGUAUCUCAUCUUGUAAAAGUAUCUCGGGCAUAACUGGAGUCAAGGGAAGAGUUUCAGUCUUGUAGAUUCUAAGUAAAGAUUGCAAAGAUACAAUAUAUUUCAAUACAAAUUAGAUAGGCCCACACAUCCAGCAACCGCAGGCCUGUUUUUCCAGUCUAGCUGAAUUUUGUUACCGUCUUCGGCAUUCUCAGCAACGUGUGCUCUGCACCAAGAGGGAUACUCUAAUCAAAUUUAAGAUGCCAUUGCUCUGCAGUGGAUCUUAUAAAUCAUGCAAGAACCUUUCAAACUCCAUCCUGGGGAGAAUUCUAUGUGCUUGAUUUCAUGCUACAGAGAAAAUUCCAGCUAGGUGCAAGCAAACUAUAUGUGCAAAAUCCUCUCCUAAGAAAUGCUAAUGGAGCCGCCCAAGGGAUAGUUUGACCUUCUUAGCUGUGAUAUUUGUCUGACUUCCUUCCGCCUGCUAAAACUGUUAGGAGCAUGGUUCAUAGAUGCCUACAGAGUGGGAAGGUGUAAAACAGACAGUGAGAAAAUACACUAGGGUCAAAGGAGAGAGAGAAAGGGACCAAUAGCCAAGAUUCGUGAAGUGAAAUAAACAUUAGAUGCAUGGGAGACAUAUAACAUCCAGAAAGUGAAAAAAUGUAAACACCCUCAGUCCAGUAUACCUGAAGGAGCAUCUCCACCCCCAUCGUUCAGCCUGGACACUGGACAAUGUUGCCCCCAUCAUUCAAAAGAGGGGAAAAGAAGGUCCAGGUUACUACUGACCACUCAGCUUGAUGCCGAUACCAGAAGAGGUCCUAGAACAGGUCAGUUUGUGAGCCCUUAGGAAAGGAUGCUGUGAUUACUAAGACCCAGCAUGGGCUUCCCAAAAACAAUUUGUGCCAGAUAAAUCUCAUUUCUUUUUUGAUAGAGUUACAAGCAUGGUGGAUCAGGGGAAUGCUGUGGAUGUAGUGUAUCUUGAUUUCAGUAAGGCUUUUGACAAGUCCCCCAUGAUAUUCUUGUGAUUUGGAUAUGUGUGUGUGUGUGUGUGUGUGUGUGUGGAGAGAGAGAGAGAGAGAGAGAGAGAGAGAGAAAUUUCCACAACACACAUACUCUUUCUCUGCAUGCAGAAAGUUCCAGGUUCAAAUUCCCAGCAUCAGGUAGGGUUGGAAAAGACCCUUAUCUGGAGUCCUGCAGUCACUACUUAGAAUCAUAGAAUCAUAGAAUCAUAGAGUUGGAAGAGACCACAAGGGCCAUCGAGUCCAACCCCCUGCCAAGCAGGAAACACCAUCAGAGCACUCCUGACAUAUGGUUGUCAAGCCUCUGCUUAAAGACCUCCAAAGAAGGAGACUCCACCACACUCCUUGGCAGCAAAUUCCACUGUCGAACAGCUCUUACUGUCAGGAAAUUCUUCCUAAUGUUUAGGUGGAAUCUUCUUUCUUGUAGUUUGGAUCCAUUGCUCCGUAUCUGCUUCUCUGGAGCAGCAGAAAACAACCUUUCUCCCUCCUCUAUGUGACAUCCUUUUAUAUAUUUGAACAUGGCUAUCAUAUCACCCCUUAACCUCCUCUUCUCCAGGCUAAACAUGCCCAGCUCCCUUAGCCGUUCCUCAUAAGGCAUCGUUUCCAGGCCUUUGACCAUUUUGGUUGCCCUCCUCUGGACAUGUUCCAGUUUGUCAGUGUCCUUCUUGAACUGUGGUGCCCAGAACUGGACACAGUACUCCAGGUGAGGUCUGACCAGAGCAGAAUACAGUGGCACUAUUACUUCCCUUGAUCUAGAUGCUAUACUCCUAUUGAUGCAGCCCAGAAUUGCAUUGGCUUUUUUAGCUGCCGCGUCACACUGUUGGCUCAUGUCAAGUUUUUGGUCAACCAAGACUCCUAGAUCCUUUUCACAUGUACUGCUCUCAAGCCAGGUGUCACCCAUCUUGUAUUUGUGCCUCUCAUUUUUUUUGCUCAAGUGCAAUACUUUACAUUUCUCCCUGUUAAAAUUCAUCUUGUUUGUUUUUGCCCAGUUCUCUAAUCUGUCAAGGUCGUUUUGAAGUGUGAUCCUGUCCUCUGGGGUGUUAGCCACCCCUCCCAGUUUGGUGUCAUCUGCAAAUUUGAUCAGGAUGCCCUUGAGUCCAUCAUCCAAGUCGUUGAUAAAGAUGUUGAAUAAGACCGGGCCCAAGACAGAACCCUGUGGCACCCCACUAGUCACUCUUCUACUUGAGAAUGUAAACAGGAGGGAACUUGAUGGAUCAAUGAGAUGAUCACGAUAGGGCAGCUUGCUAUGUUCUCUGUGCAGCUGAGGAGCCCACCAAGAUGAUAGGUAUAUGAAUGUGAUGGUCUUCUCAUCUUUGUCUCCACCACCUGGUAUUCAGAAUUAUACUGUCAUCCAUGCAUGUCUCUAAUUAUUUAGAAGCCAUCUAAGUGGCUACAUGGCUGUGAAUUCUAUCAGUUAUUACACGCCAUGCGAUGGAGUACAUCCUUUCAUCACUCCUAAGCCUCCUGUCAAUCAGCUUCACUGGGCGACCUUGAAUUCUAGUAUUAUACCCCGUCCCUCUCUGUGUCAUGGCAUCUUCUCCCUCCACAUCCCUCUGGUCUCUCGGGGAAACUUUUGAACUGCUGAUCUUAAAACGCACUACCCACAAGUCAAGCCAAGAUUUAUUUUAUUCUGCUUUCACAUUUUGGAAGAGGCACAGCAACAUAGCUGUCAACUUACAGAUUUGAAAAUAAGGGACCAGCAGCCUCGAAAAUAAGGGAUCAGCAGCCAAAAUAAGGGAUUUCCUUUUCCCCCACUGUGUGCCCCCGCUCCAGACUGAUGUUUUCCCCGGCAAGGGGAUUCCGAUUCUGAGCACAGGUAUGUUCAACUUCUGAGCCCCUCCGAGCCAAAGGCAGAAAGCCCAGCCAGCAGCCAAACGAAGCCUCAAGCGGUGGUUCCCACAGCGCAGCAACUCAGCAAAGGGGAUGCAGCAAGGAAAACCACCGUCACCUCUCUGCUGGGAAGCGCUGAGCAAAGGCGAGUCCCCAGGCAACGCGGCCGAUUUGAUCGGCACAAGGCAUGCAAGCUCCACCCCCCAGUCGUUCUUAGACUCCUUAUUGGGUGAGCAACGCAGCCAAGCAACACAGUUGGAGCCUCCCUCCUCCCUGGCCGGCAGGGAGGGAGGGAGAAGAGCUGCUUCCUUUGAAUCCCGGGAAGUUUAAGGGACAUCAUCAAUAAGGGACAGCAGCAGGACACGGCGCUGGGAUAAGGGACUUUCCCGCCAAAUAAGGGACUGUUGACAGCUAUGCACAGCAAUUACCCCAGAGGAGGCUUCUGAAGGUAUUAUUUACUGAUGUGCAUCUCUUCUUACGGGGUUCCCUAAUCCAUUUAUUUCAUCCCCACAGAACCAGUUCUGCCUGUUCUAGGAAUGGCUGGGGCUGUUCAGCAAUGUUUGGAAGGCCACAGUGUGUUCACACUUGAUGCAGAGCCCUAAAAUGAGAGACAACAGCUCCAGCUCUUGGGUUCAGAGUGUCUCUCUGUCCCUUCCUGCUGGAUCCUGCCCACAGCUCCAUUUCCUAACCCAUCAGAGAGGCCUGCUGUCACUUGCAGUUUACUGCUAAAUGGCCUCGGUCCUGUAUACAGUGGUACCUCGGGUUACAUACGCUUCAGGUUACAUACGCUUCAGGUUACAGACUCUGCUAACCCAGAAAUAGUACCUCGGGUUAAGAACUUUGCUUCAGGAUGAGAACAGAAAUUGUGCUCCGGCGGCACGGUAGCAGCAGGAGGCCCCAUUAGCUAAAGUGGUACUUCAGGUUAAGAACAGUUUCAGGUUAAGAACGAACCUCCGGAAUGAAUUAAGUACUUAACCCGAGGUACCACUGUACCUGAAGGAGUGUCUCCACCCCCAUCGUUCAGCCUGGACACUGAGAUACAGCUCCAAGGGCCUUCUGCUGGUUCCCUCAUUGUAAGAAGUGAGGUUACAGGGAACCAGACAGAGGGCCUUCUUGGUAGUGGCACCCGCCCUGUGGAAUGCCCUCCCUUCAGAUGUGAAGGAAAUAAGCAGCUAUCCUAUCUUUAAAAGACAUCUGAAGGCAGCCCUGUUCAGGGAACUUUUUAAUAUUUAAUGCUGUAUUGUUUUUAACACUCUAUUGCGAGCCGCCCAGAGUGGCUGGGGAAACUCAGCCAGAUGGGCGGGGUAUAAAUAAUGAAUUAUUAUUAUUAUAAGAUCCAUUCACAUUGGCGCCCUUGAUGUAUAUUUCUUUUUUCAUCUCCCUUCCAAAAUCUUUUGUAUUGAUUUAAGAAUCUUUCGACUUCAGUGGGGAGCUCCUCCUCUGACUCCCCCACAACCCUCUUUGAUGAGCCGUCCAUGUAAUUCUGUUUUUUUAACUGCUCCCCAAAGGCACUGUGAGGUUCUCUUUUGGCCUUUGACUUGUUGUCCGCUUCUUCAUCUUCAGAUCUACGCAAAAUCAAUUACGGGCCUCCUGCUGGCUUGUUAACAAAAUCUACCACUCUCUGCUAUUAAUUGAACAGAGAGGAAAGGCGCCAUCGGGAAGCCUGGCCACGCAGAAGCCUCUCAAUAGCUGUCCCUUAAAAGCUUGGCUAGCCUCAAGACUGCAGCAAUAUGUGGGAUGAUGCAGAGAAAUGCACCCCCCCAUUCCAACCCCCAGCCAAAAGCAGGUUGAGCUGAGGCUAACCAAAGCAUAUUGUUCCCUUCUUCAGACACAGCUGAAGAUCACAAUAAAUUAUCUUCUCCUUGCAUGCCUCGCUGUCAGCCUUUGAUCAGUGACCCGUGAUAGUUCUGCUGCAUCAGUUAUAACUUUGCUUCGCUUUGAUAUUCGAAGGAUCUGAGUGUUGAGCUGGGCAGUCCUUGCUUCAACUCUCACCCUAGCUGCCAAACUUACUUGGUGGCCUCCACCACCCCCAACCAGUGGUGGGUGUACCACAGGGGCAGUUGCCCUGGGUGCAAAAUUGUUAGAGAGUGCAAAAUUUCAAUAUCCAUUGCUGCGUCAAUACAGCUGUGACCAAAGAAUUGCUUGCAACUUUCUCCCUGCAUUCUCUCAAAUCCAAACUCCUCCUCUUCCUCUUCUUCUUCUUCUUCUUCUUCUUCUUCUUCUUCUUCUCUCUCUCUCUCUCUCUCUCUCUGUGUGUGUGUGUUAUCUUGUUCCCUCCUCCUCUAUAGGUUUGCCAUAUAUAUACAUGAAGGUCUGAAGAGGGCAGUAAUGAGUCACUCAUUGUAUCAGUCAGUGCCUGUGGCUGUGGUUUCAUCUUAGGCCACUCUGAUAGGUAGCCGCUCUCUAAGGACUUAGAACAUGGAUGGGGAACUUGGGAGGUCCUUCAGAUGUUCUUGGCACUUCAACUCCCAUCAGCCCCAGCUAGCAUGGCUCAGGGAUGAUGGGAGUCUUAGGCCAGUGUUUCCCAAACUUGUGUCUCCAGCUGUUUUUGGACUACAACUCCCAUCAUCCCUAGCCAGCAAGACCAAUGGUCAAGGAUGAUGGGAAUUGUAGUCCAAAAGCAGCUGGAGACCCAAGUUUCGGCAACACUGCCUUAGGCAGAGGUGCCAUUCCUUCUAAAUGGGGUUUCCCCACAGGCAUCUGAUUGGCCACUGUGAGAUCAGGGUGCUAGGCUAGAUGUGCCACUGGCCUGAUCCUGCAGGCUCUCCUUAUGUUCCUAUGGUUAUGCAGCCAAACUGUUACAUUCCCAAGGUGAACAUUCAUUCAUUCGAUUGAUUGAUUUUUUUUGGUUGAUUUUUUAAAAUUAAAUUUCUGUUUUACAUUUUAGAAUAUUCAUUUAAGCAAUCUUAAAAUAUCAAUGACUUCCCUUCCUGUCUUUCCAUGGUUCAUUUUGCACAACAUAAAUCCCUGCAUAUUUUAUAUAAACUAAACCAUUCAGUAAACCAAAACUUAUGUACGCUGUUGAAUUUAUCUUAAUGCUGCCCACAUUUUCAGAUAAACACAAUUUUCCUCCAUAUAUUCAAUAAACAUUUUCCAGUGUUCUUUAAACCUAUGUUCUUCUUGUUCUCUUAUUCUAUAUGUUAGGUCCGCAAGUUUCGCAUAUUCCAUCAAUUUAAGUUGCCAUUCUUCUUUGGCUGGGACUUUGCUCAUUUUCCAUUUUUGGGCUAACAAAACACGAACUGCAAUAGUGGCAUACAUAAAUAACAAAUGAUUGAUUAAUUGAUUGAUUUUUAACCUGCCCAUCCUCCCAAAGGAGCCCAGGCAGGGUGUCAUAAAAAGAGCUUUGAUGGAUCAGACCAAAGGUCUCUCUAUUCCAGCAUUCUGAAAUGCUGGAAGCCCAUGAACAAGACAUGAGUGCAAUGCUGUUGUUAACUGGUAGCUGCUAUUUAUAGGCAUGCCCCUCUGAUCUCGAAGGGUAGUGUACGACAACCCUAGUAACUAGCCAUUGAUAGCCUUUCUCCUCCAUGAAUCUGUCUACCCACCCCCUUUUAAAUCCAUCCAAGUUAGGAGCCAUCACUCCAGCUUCCAAGUUAAAGGUAAAGGUUAAGGGACCCCUGACCGUUAGGUCCAGUUGUGGCCAACUCUGGAGUUGCGGCGCUCAUCUUGCUUUAUUGGCCGAGGGAGCCGGCGUACAGCUUCCGGGUCAUGUGGCCAGCAUGACUAAGCUGCUUCUGGCAAACCAUAACAGCACACAGAAACGCCAUUUACCUUCCCGCUGGAGCAGUACCUAUUUAUCUACUUGCACUCUGACAUGCUUUCGAACUGCUAGGUUGGCAGGAGCAGGGACCGAGCAACAGGACCUGUCUCGGGGAUUCGAACCGCCUACCUUCUGAUCGGCAAGUCCUAGACUCUGUGGUUUAACCCACAGCGCCACCCGUGUCCCUAGGAGUCAAAUACCACCGGUACAUCAUUCCCCGCUUCCCUUUUCCUAAACCCAGUUCAUCUUCCGCCUCUUGAAUAAGCAGUCUGCCUAGCAUUUAUUAGCAGCGAUGGUGCAGAGGCAGAGUCACUCCCUGAAGGGAACAAACUGCUGAAGCUUUUGCCCUGUAGUGCUUUCAAAUUCAUUUGGGUUGGCUGUCACACAGCAGCAAGUGUUGCUUUGGGUGCCACCAGCCUCCUCUUUUAUGAGGGACCCCCCCCAAAAAAAACCUACUUCCAGCUACUUGCCAGAAGCACACCGGUCACAUACAUUCAACACUGGGAGGAGGAAAAGCAGAAGGAAACCCCGUGGAGGAGUGGAGGCCAAGCUCCAGCGGGGAAGCCUUUUGAAAUCUAUGACACAGCCAAUAUGUGCUCUGAAAGCAAACCCUGCAGGCACAAGAAUAAGCUGUCAGGGAGGUGACAGUCCAGAAGGCUGGUGGCCUAGCAGGAAGCUGGGGUGGGGGCUGGAAUUUGCUGCUGAGGCCAAGCAUUGGGUUGUCAAGCCCAGAGCCGAAGCUUCUGCUUGUAGCUUGAAGCCAGCUGAAUGUUUGGGACUACAACUUCCAUCAGCUCCAGUCAGCUCAGACUGAUGGGCAUCAUCAGGGCCGGAUUUAGGUUUGAUGAGGCCCUACACUACUGAAGGUAAUGGGGCCCUUUAUAUUUCCAGCUGUCCUUUGUCAACAACAAAUUGCCGCUGUUUUUUGUGUUGAAUAUAUGCUAUAUGGUAAUUUAUGGACCUAAUAGGUAUCUAAAGCCAUUUUUUCACAUAACAAAAUAUAUAUUUAUCAAAGUAAUUGUUGAACUGAAAUACAAUUAAGAAGUAUGUUAAUAGUGAAAUACAAUUAAGUAGUAUAUUAAUAGUGAAAUAAUUAUUAAGCUAUAACUGAAAAUGAUUUUUUACUCAUAACAAACUUAAUAAUGCAAACACAUUUGCAUUUGGCAAUAACAAAACUUCCUUUAGAAACACAAUUUACAAAGACUCAUAAUCUAGUCUCUAGAAACUUGCUAUAACAUGAAAUAAGAAUAGACAUAAAUAUAUGGUGCAAACUACUAAUAAUUAUAAAUAGAAGAAUGUAGGCCCCCUAUAUAUAGAAAUGAGCAAACCAGUGAAAUUUUAGGGAGCAGGCUAGCAGGCGGGGCCCAUCACUUACAUCAUUGGCGCCUACACAACACAAAACACUGUUGCUGUAUGUAGGUUUUAUUUUACUUCUUUUUUAUCUUAUUUUGGAAAUGUACAUCCAGUUUCUUUUUCUUUAUUUUUUUGGGGGGCCCCCAAGAGAGUGGGGCCCUAAGCUAUAGCUUGUUUAGCUUAUACAUAAAUCUGGUGCUGGGCAUCAUAGUCCAAAACAUCUGGAGGGUACCAGGUUGAUGAAAAUACCUUUAAGCAGCAGUACAGAUAGAUAAUUUUAUACACCAGACUUAAUGGCCCAAUAGGGGAGUCCUGGAAGACUAUUGGUGUGAUAGACACAAACCUCUCUCUCUCUCUCUCUCUCUCUCUCUCUCUCUCUCUCUCUCUCUCUCUGCCUGUAUAUGUUCAGGCAGGUGAAAAAUGGGAGCAGUAUCGCAGACAGGGGACCUGGUGAACUGAAGUUCUGUAGAAGAGAGAUCAAAGUCGAGCUUGGGCUCCCCUCCAGGUUUGAGUGGAACCUGUGCUGCUCCUGCUGUUCAGUUUGCUGCUGUUUCCUGCGCAUGGGAGAUUUACUGCUUUUGUUGCAGCACAAGCAUGUCUAUAAUUCACUAACAUAAGCCGUCUGAACACUGGAAAACUAGGACACCAAGAAAGUUUGUCUCCAUUCAUUCUUACACUUUUUAUUUUAUUUUUUAAAAAAAGUUUUUAUUUUUUAAAAAAAGGAUCUGGGUCACUGGUACAGAAUGCUUGCCCUUGGUGCCUGACCUGACAAAUUCUUUUAAACUGACAGCUGUCCAUGGUACUGAAUUGUGAUUGUGUUCUGCUAUGAGACUAACGACCAUAAAUUUAACACACAGAGGCACAUGCUGUGUCACAUUCUGAAGGAAUAUGAGCGAAAUAUUAGUGUUAUGUUUGGGUUGUCAGGGAAUGGGCUGAAGACGAGGACUGGGGAAUGCAUUCUGUGGCAGGCCAGCUUCUCUCCGAUGGAGAGCUGGAGGGGGACGAGUUGCCCCCCCUUGUCCACAGCAUGUUCAGAAGCAGAGAGAGAGUCAGAAGCUGUAGGGAGGAGUUACCCAGUUUCAAGAUAAUGACAAGGGAACCAGAAGGGAGGGCGCGGCUAGCCAAGAUGUCACUUGAGAGUGGGGGUGACUUUCCCCCUCCACGGACUCGGAGGUCCGAAUGUAUCAGAGAGCAAAGGAGUCAGAGGGAGGGAGAAACUUCCCAUUGGCGCCUAAAAUGCUGCAGAAGUCAGAAGGAGGAUUUAGAGUAGCCAACUGCCCUUUGUGUGGUGAGCUGUGUGCUUGCAACAUGAUGCUGUAAUAAAAGGACUAUAAAUAUAUCAACUCUUCAUUCAUUCUUAUCUGUGAAGUUACCAAAGGGUUUGCAUUGAAGUUGCAGGAGGGUUUGCAUUGACUGCUGUUCACGUUUGCUGCCAAAUGCAGCUAUCCUGCUCGGGAGCUCUUUUUUUGGGGGGGGGUGUCACAUAAAAUGCAACCUUGUCUGUGCCAAACGACACUAAUUAUCCCUCCCUCCCCAUUGGACAUUGCAAUGGUCUGAUCCAGGAAAGCAUUGCUCAUCUCUUGCCUCUGGCACUAUUUGUAUCUAACGGCAUAAUUGCUACACACGGCUGCAGUGUGUGUCUUACUCGGCCGUGUAUCUAGAUGAUCAUAACUGCCUCCCAUCAAAUGCUCAACGCGCCUGCCGUAGGGAUUGAAAACAUCCCAUUUCUUCGAUAUUUCUGUGAUUCUUUUGCUGAAGGGGUUUACCAUAAAGUCAUCAGGAAGGGCAUCAUGCCCAAUGACCGUACCAGACUUGAGCAGUAUCUCCAUCCCCUGUCCAGAUUAAGACGCCGGGAAAAUGAAUGUGCAAAGCACUCCUCCUCAUUGCUUUAUCUGAGGGCUGGUUUUUUUAAAAAAUGUGUGUGGUGGUUUUGCUCACAUUUUUAAAACUGGAAAACUGAGAAUCUAGGUCAUGUCUGUAUUCAGCAGCUGCCUAUGCCUUAAGCUUGGCUUUUUGCUCUGUGGUGAAAUGUUCAUGCCCACGGUUCUUCCUUUCAGAACCUCAGGAGUGGGAGGCAGUUCCAUGCCAUUCCAACUUGUGAUGUUUUCAUUAUUAUUUUCAGCUGAGGAUCCUUGUUUUCAGUGGAAAUUUCCUAUUGGCCCUCCUUUACACACUGUUCUUUAGUGUGUUCUUUACACACUGUUCUUUAUCACAAGAUGUGGGCCUUUCAGUAAUGACACAGGGCCUAGACCAGCAGUUCUCAACCUGUGGGUCCCCAGAUGUUGUUGGACUACAACUCCCAUCAUCCCUGAACUCUGGCCUUGCUAGCUAGUGGUGAUGGGAGUUGUAGUUCAACAACAUCUGGGGACCCACAGGUUGAGAAAGGUUGGUCCCAUCCCCAAAAGAAGCUUCACAGCAAGGCUAUAUGGUCCAGUAUCUGCAGGUGAAGAUGUUUGUUCACAGGACUUGCGGCCCCUUCUCAACGUUAUCGUCAUGCUGUGAACGUGCACCUUUUCAGCCCGAGGGCUGCAUUCUCUCUCAAGGAAUGUUUCCUGGGUGGCGACCAAGGCAAAAGUGGGGCAGAGCAAUGAAUGUAAAUUUUACCUUUAUAAAGGUAACAACUGUCGCAUCAGGAGAGGCAGACCAGGUCUUCUCCCAAGGUGACAUUCGCACACAGCAUCUCCUGUUGCUGCACAGCCCAGGGCGACUUCCUGCCAGGUCUCUUCUGCCCCCUCAAGAUUGGCCUAGGACCCUCGUACCUACGGGACCACCUCUCCCGGUAUGCCCCACGGAGGACCUUAAGGUCCAUAAAUAGCAACACCCUAGAGGUCCUGGGCCCUCAGGAGGUUAGAUUAGCCUCAACCAGAGCCAGGGCUUUUUCAACACUGGCUCCAGCCUGGUGGAACGCUCUGUCUCAUGAGACCAGAGCCCUGCGGGAUCUGAUUUCUUUCCACAGGGCCUGUAAGACAGAGUUGUUCCACCUGGCCUUUGGCUUAGAAUCAAUUUGAUUCCCUCCCCCUCUUUCUUUUUUCCUUCUCCUCUUCUGAAGAGGCUGCAUCUUAAUGUUUUAAUGCUGUAUUUUAAUCUUGUUUUUUAAGUUGUAUUUUAAUCAACUUGUUUUUAUUAUUGGUUGUUAGCCGCCCUGAGCAUGGUCUUGGCCAGGGAGGGUGGGGUGUAAAUAAAAUUUAUUAUUAUUAUUAUUAUUAUUAUUAUUAUUAUUAUUAUUAUUAUCCCAGCGGACAUGGGGGGGUCUGUAGAGGCCUCAGCCCCAUAGAGUUGGUGCACCUGCCCUGAGGCUUUCAUUUUAACCAAGUGCAUCUCCCACAGAUCAAACAUAACAUGAGAGGGUGCUCUCUCCUCAUAUCCAGACCACUCCCAAGAUCAGCCAUAAUGUUUCAUUCUCUCCAUUCAUUUGUUUCUCUCAGAGCCACUUCAGUAAGUAAGCGGCAAAGCAUGCCAGCAUGAACAAAUGAUGCCAGGUUAAAAUGUUUUUUAUUACCUGGGUUAUGAAGGCACCCUAAAGACAUUAAAGCACAGAUUAUGGGAUAAUACACACAGUGACUUGCGAUCUCAGUCACACGCAGUCUGUAGUCUGUUGGCAGUAGGAGUACAAUAUGGGCAUGUCUUUAAGUUAACACCUUACAUUAAAAACCUGACAGUACCAAAUUAUUGAAGGCUUUUCACCAAAGCCAGACUAAACGUCUUUCCUUCUGCAGUGUUGGGUGGCAGGUUGAGAGGAGUUCCCUACCAGGACAGACUUUGCUCGUGUGCUCAAGACAUCGAUUCUAUAAAACAUAUUUUGCUGCACUGUGCAUUCCAAGAGUAAGCCAGGGCUGAACUGAUAUUACCUUUCCCAGGAAAAUCAGAGGCUCACUAUGUCAGGUUCCUAUUGGAAGACCGGACAAAGUCUAGAACAUUAGCAGUGGCGAAGUUUUUAUCGGUGGUUGCAAGAACCAAUGAUCCCUAUCUUUAAGUCUGAACAAAAUGUUUGUUUAACCUGGAGGUAAAAGGUAAAGGGACCCCCUAACCAUUAGGUCCAGUUGUGGCCGACUCUGGGGUUGCGGCGCUCAUCUUGCUUUAUUGGCCGAGGGAGCUGGCGUACAGCUUCCGGGUAAUGUGGCCAGCAUGACUAAGCUGCUUCUGGCAAACCAGAGCAGCGCACAGAAAUGCCGUUUACCUUCCCGCCAGAGCAGUACCUAUUUAUCUACUUGUACUUUGAUGUGCUUUCAAACUGCUAGGUUGGCAGGAGCAGGGACUGAGCAACGGGAGCUCACCCUGUCGUAGGGAUUCGAACCACCGACCUUCUGAUUGGCAAGUCCUAGGCUCUGUGGUUUAACCCACAGCGCCACCCGCGUCCCAACCUGGAGGUAGGCUGUCUGAAUUGUGCAUUGCUUUGUAAUGAUUUGUUGGGUCUCUGGACCGUAUUAAAGAUUGUUUGAUUGAAAAUGUUUUGAAUUCGCAUUCUGUUCCCUCUGGACUCCUCCUUUUUGGGUGAGACUAAGACAAGAGUUGAAUCAUCCUUAGGAUGUGCUAAGCUGUUGUAAGUGUUGCAUAUUCUCUAAUACUUUCUUUAUUUUAUUUAUUUGUUUUAGGUGGAAAAAUUUGCCAAAUACUUGGAUCCUAACGAUCUAGGCAAGAUCAACUUCAAAGAUUUCUGUCACGGAGUGUUUGCCAUCAAAGGUAGGCAUCAUUGUCGUUCUUUGCCUCCCCAAAAUCUGCUCCAAGUGGUUGAGAGAAGCCCAGGAACAGAUUUGAGGGGUAAGAGGGAGGAGGGGAAGUUCUGCUGCGCAAGUGGAAAACCUUGCAAAAAUGGUACAACUUUGCUCCAUGCAACCCUGUGUGCCCACAGCAUAAGCUGCUAAAACAAUUGUCUGUUUGGCAGAGCGUUCCCUUAACUUCAGAAUCGAUGGUGCUGCUGCUCAGCUUCUACCUAGUGGAAAAUGCCUCCCCUGAUUGCAAAGUUGUUAGUGUCCAAAAUCAAUUGACGGCAACUGGGUAAUCUGAGAACGGCUGUGUGAGUGUGUUUAUUGGUGGUGACUUUGCGUUGUACAACUUUGAGUAACAAUUAUGAGAUAAACGCUGGGAUCUGGCAUGCUAGGAAUGGGUUCCCAAACCUCAUUGCUGGAGCAUGUCUGCGGGCCUUAAGAGGAGCUAAAAUGACUUGUAGAGAAAAGAAAACAAGUUACUCUGUUGGAUGCACCCCUGCUACUCAGCAGAAGGCCUGAGCAGUAUUGAUUUGCCCCUCUCAGUCCCAACAAAGAACAUCUCUGCGAUUUCUUGUUGCAGCUGAUGUUACGGCAGGCAGGCAGGCACAGGGCCUGAGAAGCAUCACCACUGGGCCAAACUUCCAAACUUCACUGCCAAACUUCAACUGGGCCAAAACUGCACCAAUUGUCUUGUUUGUUUGUGGGCAUAUGUUCUAUCUCACCACACACACACACACACACACACACACACACACACACACACACACACUGUUGCCUCCUCCCAUUGCUUUGUCCCAGCUCCUGUGAGCCUAUCAGUUCAAAAGCACACCAGUGCAAGUAGAUAAAUAGGUACCGCUGCGGUGGGAAGGUAAACGGUGUUUCCGUGCACUCUGGUUUCCGUCACGGUGCCAGAAGCCGUUUAGUCCUGCUGGUCACAUGCCCCGGAAAGCUGUCUGUAGACAAACACUGGCUCCCUCAGCCUGAAAGCGAGAUGAGCGCCUCAACCCCAUAGUCACCUUUGACUGGACUUAAUCAUCCAGGGGUCCUUUACCUUUUAUAUUACACCUAGAGGCUGUAACCUUCAUGGCUUCACCACCUGUCGAGUUAUUUGUCUUUGCUUUGAUUCCUGUCUAGCUUGCUGAAGAGCUCGAAAGCUUGCAUGCAAUUUUGUGAUGUUUUGGUUGGCAAAAGGUUUUCCUUGCCAAAAGUUUCAAAGAAGGGCUGGAGCUCAGCAAUAAAGAAUCCACUUUACAUGCAGGUUCAGUCCCCAACACCUCCAAGCAGGUCUGAGAAGCACCACGCCAGCCAAUACCACAAGACCACGAGGCAGACGGACCAAUGGUCUCCAGCUGGUGUUACAUAGCUUCCUACCUGUCCUAUUAACGAUUUUUAAAUUGCAUUUCCUCUGUCUUUCCUUUCUCAGUUUAAAUGAAUGAGGACCUCCCCCUAGCGGCUGUGUUUAAAAGUCCCCUCUCUAGGUCCCUGCAGGUGAAAUACAAAGAACUGUCUUCCUUUCUGUUAUCAUUUGAUGCAUUUUUGACCACAUAUAUGGGUCAGUUGUCUCCAUUUGUUUAUUUACCUAUUCCACAGAAUCUCACGCGAAAUGAAAUAUGGUAAACAUUUACAAAAAAAUACGUAAAAUCAAGAAAACGAAAGCAAGGACAGUGAUCCAAUACUUUUUUUUUAGAUCCCACCAAGGGCCCAUUAUUAUUACUAAUAUUAUUAUUAUUAUCAUUAUUUUUAUUAAUAAAUUAAAUUUGUAUGCUGCUCUUCACAACAUAAAAAUACAGGAUAAAAACAGGAUUAAAAACACAAAAUACAUAAUAAUAACUAAAAAAACCCCCUCAAACCAAAUAACACACACACACCUUCCCACACGGUGUGGUUUGUAUCUUGUUGAGUUACAAAAAAACUAUUCCUCAGCUUGGAGGAUUUAUUUAUUUAUUUAUUUAUUUUAAAAAACUAAAAAAACAACAACAAAAGACAAAGAUGUUUCUGGUACAAGGAAUGACACUGAGCCCUGACUGCAGUUGCUUCAAGAAAGACGGCUACAGGACAGAUUAUGCCAAAAACAACAGCAACAACACCCCUAUUCUGGAGUGUUCAGUUCUGCCCCCUGACUCCUUGCAAGGACUCUUUUCCUGUGGGUUCCGCAAGCCCAGGGCUGAGAGUUAGCAGUGCUGACGGGGAGGUAGGUGAGGUGGAGCGUGGGCUUGGCGGGGCUGCAGGUCUCCAGUUUUGCCUUCCAAGAAGCAUCUACUACGCCAUGGGCUGGGGAGUUUUCCGAGUCGUCUCUGGCUUUUUGGGGGCUGCUGCUGGUGGGCAGGCAGCCAGCCAGCCACAGCUUUGUGCCCACCCAUGUGUCAGGGACUGGACUGAAGAGAAAUGGUGAGGACUGCCUCCCCCUUCUCCUGAACCUUCCUGAGAACAGGAGGGCAGUAUAGAUUUAGAACAGCGGUUUGCAGAAGGGCAUAGUUCAGAGGCUGCAGAGGGCAGAAGCUGGGAAAUAUUGGAACAGCAGGAAGAAGCACCAGGGGAGAGAUAGCUGACAGACUCAGUGUCCUUGGAAAGCAUUCCUGACCCCCCUUCUAAGACCAGAGAGGCAUUGAGGGUAUUAGAACAAAAAGCUCAGUGGCAGAAAGCUCAAAUCAACCGGCGCAGAAGUGAUGUCAAAUAAGGGAGACGUAGGCGGGUGUGACUUUACUUGGAGCAACGCCAUCAUUGAAUAGAGACUACAUUCUCUCUCUCUCUCUCUGAAUACUGAAUAAAUUAUGUGGUAAGGACUCUUUGUGUUUAUCUGCUUUUUUUGGCUGCCACUGGGGGAGGGAUAGGAUUCCCCGAAGCUUUGACAUAAUGGAAGGCUGCUGAAAGGCAGCCGGGAUGCUGGUAAGGGUGACCAGGGCAGGAGGGGUGCCCACAAAGGAGUGCCAACUCCAAGGGCUAACGCAGUUUCUGGCCCCUGGCUCACGCAAUAUCAGGGCAUUGUGCGCACGGCGUCAUGGCCUCCCACAGCGCCAUGCGCAGACCCCCUCAAUCCCAUUGAGAAGAUGGUGCCUCUGCUACAGGAGAAGUCUGGGCUAACUGCAUUAGAAAUGUGCACUGUAGCAAAAUCGGGAGGGGGGGGGAGGUGUUUGCUACAGGAUGAGAACAGAAUUUGUGCCGUGGCCUCGCAUGGUGGCAGCAGGAGGCCCCAUUAGCUAAAGUGGUACCUCAGGUUAAGAACAGUGUCAGGUUAAGAACGGACCUCCGGAACGAAUCAAGUUCUUAACCAGAGGUACCACUGUAAGCCUGCAGUGCGCUGCAAUUCCCUGCUAGCAAUGAAAUUCACUAGGUGACAUGGGUCCAGUUUCCUCUGAGUACAGCUUUGAUACCGGAAGCGAAGCAGGGCAGAAAGAAAUGGCUUAAAAGCAGCAGUGUUGAUUUAUCCGUUGCAUUUACACCCCGCUUUUCCUCCAAGGGGGACGCGGGUGGUGCUGUGAGUUAAACCACGGUGUUUCAUUCUCCUGCCCUGCGUGCAACUUUUUCACGCAUAAAGCAGAACACCCCUGCCGUUCCCUGCUUGGCACCUGUGUGGAUAAAAUAUCCAUGACUUCCACCCAGGCUGAGCUUGGCCUUUGGAUAUGUUUCCCGUAAACCCCCCCCCCCCCAAUGCAGGAAUUGGCCCUAAGGCAUUGAACAAAGAGUGCUGAUGCUGAAUGGCAAAUGCCUGGUCACCUGUGGGUAGAAAAGCAAAUUAAUAAUGAACUCGGCCUCCGUUUGUUGUUACAUCCUAGCAAAGUCUCAAACAAUUACACACCCUGAAGAAAACAGUCCCAGUCAACUGUGUAAUUGGCUUUCUGUAACACUGCUUUCUGGAGAGUGAAAUUACAGGAGCCAUCGUACUUUUCAAUACUGGGACACCUCAAAGCAUCCUGGGCCAGAAACCUGGAAUCAUAGAAUUGUAGAGUUGGACCACAAUCACAAUCUAACCCAACCCCCUGCAAUGCAGGAAUCUUUUGCUCAACGUGGGUUUUAAACCCUUGAGCCUGAGAUUCAGAGUCUCAUGCUCUAGCAACUGAGAAAGCAACCCUAUAAACCUGUCACAGAUUUUUCUGCCCUUGGUUCCCCCCAUUUCCCUGGAAGAACAUGAUGCGGCCUUUUGUACGCACGGGUGCCCAUCUGGAAGAAUCUGCACUGGCAUUUCUCCCUACAUGGAGAAAAACAUUCUCUCUUUUCCUCCUCCAGGCUUGAUACUCCUAGCACUGUGCAUUUCAAAGUACAAUCAGGUAGACAGUCAAGACCCUUCCUUCCUGUCUCACAGUGAUGCAUUAAUUCCACACAUUGGCAUUUUCUAGGCUGGCAGCCAAGUGUAUGCCUGCAUUAGGAAAACAUAUGUAUCCGUGUCGGAAGCAAGCCUGGGUUAAUGCAUUCACCCGUUUGUAUUGUGCUCCCCAUGUGAACCUCCCAGGGGGCCUGUAAAAUAUAAAGCAGCAGCCGACGUGAUGCUCAUGGAUAAGCAGCGUCAUGCCCAGUUAAUGGUCUUGGAAGAGCCUGUAGCUCAUUGGUUGAUCCUCUGAGGCUCAAUCGCUGGUAUCUUCAGUUAGGAGUCAGCAGAGUCUAGCCUGAAAUCUGCUCCCCUGGCAGUCAGUGGGAACAUUGAUGAGCUGGAUGGACCAGGGUCUGACCAUGUUCCAAGCUUUCCAUGUCUCCUCCUCCCCCUCCUCCUCCUCCCCCUUCUUUAUUUUAUUUAUACCCAUAGCUGUCAACCUUCCCCUUUUUUGCGGCAUUAUUCCAGCACCGUUUCCUGCUGCUUCCCGCUGCUAUCCCGGAUUGUUAGAUAUCCCGUAGACUGUCCCCGGGACAGGUGAGGCUGCUGAGCCCUUAUUUUUGAGGCUGCUGAUCCCUUAUUUUCAAAUCUGAAAGUUGACAGCUAUGUUUAUAUCCCACCCAUCUGGCUGGGUUUCCCCAGCCACUCUGGGCAGCUCCCAACAGAAUAUUAAAAAGACAAUAAAACAUCAAACAUUAAAAACUUCCCUAAACAGGGCUGCCUUCAGAGGUCUUCUAAAAGUCAGAUAGUUGUUUAUUUUAUUGACAUCUGAUGGGAGGGCAUUACAAAGGACAAGCGCUACUGCUGAGAAGGCCCUCUGCCUGGUUCUCUGUAACCUCGCAGUGAGGGAACCGCCAGGAGGCCCGUGGAGCUGGACCUCAGUGAGCGAUGGAGGUGGAGACACUCCAUCAGGUAUACUGGGCUGCUGACGUUAAGGGCUUUUAAGGUCAGCACCAGCACUUUGAAUUGUGCUUGGAAACGUACUGAGAGCCAAUGUAGGUCUUUCAGGACCGGUGUUAUGUGGUCUCAGCAGGCAUUUCGAGUCACCAGUCUAGCUGCCGCAUUCUGGAUUGGUUGCAGUUUCCAGGUCACCUUCAAAGGUAGCCCCACGUAGAGCGCAUGGCAGUAGUCCAAGCGGGAGAUAACUAGAGCAGUGAGACAGUCUGCAGGCAGGUAGGGUCUCAGCCUGUGUACCAGGUGGAGCUGGUAGGUAGCUGCCCUGGACACAGAAUUGACCUGAGCCUCCAUGGACAACUGAGAGUCCAAAAUGACUCCCAGGCUGUGCACCUGGUCCUUCAGGGGCAUAGUUGCCCCAUUCAGGACCACGGAGUCCUCCACACCCACCUGCUCCCUGACCCCCCAAAACAGUGCUUCUGUCUUGUCAGGAUUGAGCCUUGAUCUCUUAGCCACCAUCUAUCCUCCAACCACCUCCAGACACUCACUCAGGACCUUCACCGGCUUCAUUGGUUCAGAUUUAAAAGAGAGGUAGAGCUGAGAGGCAGAGGGCAACUGGAUGGCCACUUUGGGAAGCAGGAUGCUGAGCUCAAUGGAGCUUUGGUCUGCUCCUGCAGGUUGCUGCUUAUGUUCAUCCCAUAAGGCUGAACUAGUAACUAGAAAGGAGACUACCGGGGAGCACCAUUGCUCCUUGCUAGUGCAGACCUACUGAAUUUCAUGAAAGAAGGACACAAUAGAUAGCAGACCCUCUCAGUGUCCCUCUUUUCCAGGGACAGUCCCGGAUUUACAGAAGCCAUCCCGGUUUCUGAUUUGAUCCAGGAAUGUCCCACUUCUAUUUAGGAUGUCCCUGUUUUCAUCAGAGAAAUGUUGGAGGGUAUGGAGUUAUGCGACCCCCGCGGCAAUGAGAUAAAUAACUAUACAACUUUUAGAAGACAUCUGAAGGCAGCCCUGUAUAGGGAAGGUUUUUUUAUGUUUAAUGUUUUGUGAUGUUUUUAUAUACAGUGGUACCUCUAGAUACAAACGGGAUCUGUUCCGGAGCCCCAUUCACAUCUAGAGGUAAACGUAACUAGCGAUGGCAUGUCUGCGCAUGCGCGCGUCGCUUUUUGCCGCUUCUGCGCAUGCGCGUGACGUCAAUUUGAGCGUCUGCGCAUGCACAAGUGGCGAAACCCGGAAGUAACACGCUCCGUUACUUCCGGGUUGCCGAGGAACGCAACUCGAAUGCGCUCAACUCGAAGCAUAUUUAACCCGAGGUAUGACUGUAUGUGGGAAGCUGCCCAGAGUGGCUGGGGCAACCCAGUCAGAUGGGCAGGGUAGAAAUAAAAUUAUUAUUAUUAUUAUUAUUAUUAUUGAAUAGGAUGUCUCUGUUUUCAUCGGAGAAAUGUUGGAGGGUAUGAGACAGAUACACACACACACACACACACACCAAGCACACACACACACACACACACACAAAAGCUGCAAAAAGACAAGUGUUAGGUCACAGAAUGGGGUGGGAAUGGAAAAGCAGCAAUGACUGUGUUAUGCUAUGGCCUCGCACCCCGGCAGCCAUUUUGUGUUAGACCAUGCCUCCAUGGCAGCCAUUUUGCAACUGGCACUUCCUCAUGGCAUUAUGUUUUUUGUUGUUUUUUUAGAUGAUAUUUAUUAAAAGUUUAAGAAUUACAGAAAAAAGAAAAAAGACAACAAUAGAAAAGAAAAGAAAAAAAACAUAGAAAAACAAUACAACAAUAUAACAGAUAGAAACAAAAAGAGAACUAAAACACACAUCCAAUAUUCCAUAUCUUUACCUUUCCUUAACUUGUUUCAUCGACCUCCUCACACCUCCCUUUUUUUGUAUUCUAGUUCGAUUCACUAUUUCAGCAAAUUCUUCCCAUCUUUCUUAAUUUUUUUUCCAUAAUUUAUCUUAACAGUCUAACCUUAAAUUUUUUCAUUUUGACCCGUUAUCAAUCAGCUUUUACUUAAUUCUUUGUUGCAUUUCUACUAAAACCAUAUAGCUUCAUUCCAGCAUCCUUCUAACACUCAUUAAUUUUACAAUGUUUCUGUAAGUAUACUUUGAAUUUUUUCCAAUCUUCUUCCACCGACUCUUCUCCCUGGUCUCGGAUUCUGCCAGUCAUUUCCGCCAGUUCCAUGUAGUCCAUCAGCUUCAUCUGCCAUUCUUCCCUGGUGGGUAAAUCUUGUGUCUUCCAAUGCUUUGCAAUAAGUAUUCUUGCUGUUGUUGUAGCAUACAUAAAGAAAGUUCUAUCCUUCUUUGACACCAAUUGGCCGACCAUGCCCAGGAGAAAGGCCUCUGGUUUCUUCAGGAAGGUAUAUUUAAAUACCUUUUUCAUUUCAUUAUAGAUCAUCUCCCAGAAUGCCUUAAUCCUUGGGCAUGUCCACCAAAGGUGAAAGAAUGUACCUUCAGUUUCAUUACAUUUCCAACAUUUGUUAUCGAGCAGAUGGUAGAUUUUUGCAAGCUUGACUGGUGUUAUGUACCACCUAUAAAUCAUUUUCAUUAAAUUCUCUUUUAAGGCAUUGCAUGCCGUAAACUUCAUACCAGUGGUCCAUAACUGUUCCCAGUCAGCCAUCAUAAUAUUAUGUCCAACAUCUUGUGCCCAUUUAAUCAUAGCAGAUUUCACCAUUUCAUCUUGAGUAUUCCAUUUCAACAGCAAGUUAUACAUUCUUGACAAAUUCUUAACUUUAGGAUCUAACAAUUCUGUUUCCAACUUUGAUUUUUCCACCUGGAAGCCUAGUUUUUUAUCCAAAUUAUAUGCCUCCAUUAUUUGAUAAUAAUGGAGCCAAUCUCGUACUCUAUUUUUUAAUUUUUCAAAGCUCUGCAAUUUUAGUCUGUCACCCUCUUGUUCUAAAAUUUCCCAAUACUUCGGCCAUUUGGCCUCCAUAUUGAGUUUUGUCUGAGCCUUUGCUUCCUCAUGGCAUUAUGAUCACAUUUGUGAAGUCCUUGUCUGUCCAAUGUCCUUUUCUUUCUUCUAAACAGGAGUGCAAUGAACUGUUGUAGUUAAGCAUCCAUUGCCUUUCCAAACCUUUGGCUGAAGGAGCUUCUUUGUUGUUGCUGCUGCAAGGUUGUGUUAUGAAUAGAAGGGUAUGAGCAAUGGCUGGUAACAUUGUCUCUGUGAUGAAUCACAGCCACAGAUGCCCUCCAUGACACCAGUUGGCAAAGCUUCCUGCUUGCCGUGUGAUUGCUUGCCUCCUUCAUUUCCCAAUAGCUCACUUUAAUGAAUGUGUCCCCUUGUCUCGCAUGGUGAGCUUAGCAUUGUGCGUGCAGCUCAUUUAGGCUUUAAAGACUCUCCUGAGACGUAGAGGCACCAGGUAGCUUGGUGACAAAUGAGACUUUGUCAUUAACAUCCAAAGGGCACAAACAGAAAAUUAAAUUGCCUUCUGCAACAAAUCCACGGAAAGGACCCCUGUAGAGAAAAAAAAGAAAAACACCUAGAAAUACAUUGUGAUAAUUACUGUCUAAAAUGAAGAGCCUUGAAAACCUUCUAUUUAUGUGACUAAGUGAAUCUGCAGUUAAGAACAGAAGAACAUGAGAAGAGCCUACUGGAUCAGACCCAUCUAGUGAGGCACCCUUUUCUCCCAGAAACCCACAAUCAGAAUUCAAGCACAAGUUACAGUGGUACCUCGGGUUACAUACACUUCAGGUUACAUACGCUUCAGGUUACACACUCCACUAAGCCAGAAAUAUUACCUUGGGUUAAGAACUUUGCUUCAGGAUGAGAACAGAAAUUGUGCUACGGUGGCGCGGCGGCAGCAGGAGGCCCCAUUAGCUAAAGUGGUGCUUCAGGUUAAGAACAGUUUCAGGUUAAGUACGGACCUCCGGAGCGAAUUAAGUACUUAACCCGAGGUAUCACUGUAUACUACUAUUCUUCAGCUUGUGAGCUGCUUUGAUGGCGUGUGUAAAUGUCAUUCAAAUUCUACUCAAUAUGGAUCCAGAUUAGAUUCCAGUGUAUAGUUAGCAGAGAAACAACUUAAGCAUGUUGCAGGACUCCCAGAAAAUAGACCAGAGGCAAUUGUAUUUCAACCAGCAGAGCUUUACUGCUACUGAAGGCAAAUGAGCAUAGUGGUCACAAAUCCAACACUUUCAGGACUGGCACUGUGCAUAAGAAAUCCAGUUGCAGCAGACUUAAAUUUACAGUAACUUAUAAUAAGUCUAAACCUUAACACUAAGCAUACUAUGUACAGAACACCACACCAGAGGGGAAAGAGAUAGAAAGAGAAACGGGAAAACCAGGCUCCUUCUGGCCUUACUUUUAUAGUCAGCAUGACCUUGACAGAAGAGAUAAGAGAACCAGUUUAAGCCACGAUAUUUUAUUCUGUUUUUAAUCUGUUGGGAGCCGCCCAGAGUGGCUGGGGAAACCCAGCCAGGUGGGUGGGGUAUAAAUAAUAAAUUAUUAUCAUUAGCUGUACUCAGCUUCUCUGAAGAAAUAACCCAAACAUCAUGAACCUUCUGCUUGUUUCUUUCACACAGAGAAGCUUCCAGGACCCUCUUGAAUUAGGCAGAAUAGGAAAGAUCUCUACACAUUGGAUCAAUACUUUCUGCACUGAGAAAUGCAAAAUGAUAGUAAAUGUGUCUAAAACUGAGUACUGGUCCUUUGGGGCAGAAGGCAAGGAAAUCCACAGUAGGUGCAGCCAGAGUCAAUGAGAGGCAGAACCAACCAAUUCUGGCUAGGGUGGAAUCCUGGAGCAACACUAUUGCUCACAAGUCACCUUAGUCAAACCAGUUUCAGGAUGCAUUCAGUACCAGCUGAUCGGCUCUGACAUCUAACCUCACCAGCUCAGGGAAGGUGCAAUGGUUGAAUUGUCCUUAGGAAAGGGAAAUGUCUUGCUGUUGUCUCAUCCCAUGAUUUCUAAAGCUGCCUCUUUCUAGAGAUUUUGGCACCCUGCUAUGGAAAACAUUGCUGUCUGUCUCGGUUCUCUCCGACCCAACUAUUUAUAUAUUCUUUUCUUGCACCCAGCUGUUUAAAAGAAACAAAUUAAUGCCCUUACUAGCAGCUUCCUCACAACCACCACUUAGCAUUAGAAGAGAUGGGUCCUUCACUGCCUGGAUGAGGCUCCUCAGAAUGGAUCGUAAAAUGCAUUUGGCAUCUGCUUCCUCAUUUCUUGUCCCGUAUGCCAACAAGAAAGAGGCAGGCACACAGAAGGGCCCCCUGCAACCAGUGUUAUUUAUACCGUCAAAGUUCCUUCUAUUUGUCAAGAGAUGUUCUCCUGCCUAAACAGCUCCAUGUGCUUUGUCUGUAAUUCUCCCCUAAAGCCCCUCCUCCUCCUCUCUCCCCCCACCUCUGCUUUGAAACCUGGAGUGAGUAAUCUGCAUAAUUUGGUGUGAUUCUCACUUUUCCUGACAACUCCAUGCUGCUUCUUAUUUGUGACUCCCCUGCUUUGCAAUGGGGAAUAGCAGGGCAGGAUGUCACAGUCAAAAAGACUGUUACAAAAGUUGGGUGCUAACCCCCCCCCCCCCGCCGACUGGUGGCAAGAUCCCAUGGGGUUCCGGGUACUCAGCGGGGGUCUGUAUUCCUUUGGAGAACUGAGACACGGCAGAGACUGCUGUAGCUUUAAGAAAUAUGGUUUAUUCACCUUUUUACACUUGCAACACUGGUGGCGCUGUGGUCCAAACCACUGAGCCUCUUGGGCUUUGCCAAUCAGAAGGUCAGCGGUUCAAAUCCCUGCAAUGGGGUGAGUUCCUGUUGCUCUGUCCCAACUCCUGUUCGAAAGCACACCAGUGCAAGUAGAUAAAUAGGUACCACUCCACCGGAAAGCUAAACGGUGCUCUGGCUUCCAUCACAGUGUCCCAUUGUACCAGAAGUGGUUUAGUUAUGUUGGCCCCAUGACCCGGAAAGCUGUCUGUGGACAAACGCUGGCUCCCUCGGCCUGAAAGCGAGAUGAGUGCCGCAACCCCAUAGUCGCCUUUCACUGGACUUAACCAUCCAGGGGUCCUUUACUUGCAGCCUGCAUGGAGGGAGUCCAGAUCUUACAGCACGAUCGUUUCAAGAGGGAUUUGUAUGCCACCAGCAGCCAGCCUACUCAAGAUGGAUUUCAGUCUUCUUUCAUCCCUUCUUUUUCCCAGCACACCUUGAUAACAGACUCUUUUCCGACCACCUCACACCCAGUUACCCUGGAAACCUUCCAAACCCUUCCAGUCUCUGCUCACACCUCCAGACAAGGGGAAGGACAGUUCUCUUGUAUUGUUUCUUAAUGACCCUAGUUUGGCCCUAGCUUGUCCAGGUCAAGAAUUCCUCUGCAGCUUGCAUUUCUCCCUUCACACCCGAAAUAACCCAAAAUCCUACCAUUUAUUAAUUUCUAGUGUUUGGGGGGGUGUUCCCCUCCCAAAUCUAUAACACCACAUACCUUUGCUCUGGAAUCAAGUAGAAAGGGAGAUGUCAAAAAGCAAUUGCAGCCUUCCUGGGGUUCAUUGGUUUCAGAAGAGACAGAGAUUUUCACAGUUUGAACAGUGGGGGCUGUUGCUCAGUGGUUUUCAAAGCAACCUGCCUCCUCAGUGUCCUUUUGCACAGCUCAGUGCUAAAAAAAAGAGUAAUUGGUCUUUCUGAUGGACUUGAGAAUUGAGCACCUUCGUUCCAUUUUUGUACUUGGGUCCUUGGAAUAGAAACACAGACAUGGAUUAAAAAGAAAAGGAAAAAACCACGACCCUGAGCUUCUAACAUGCUUGUUAGCAAUAGCAGAGAGAACGUUAACUACCUCCCAGAGGCAAUGCCUCUUGUAAAGUCUGACUCAGCGGAGGAGUAAUGCUUUGCAUGCAAAAGCUCCCAGGUCCAAUCCCUGGCCUCUCCAGGAAAGGCUGGGGAAAGCUCCAUUCUGCACUUUAAAUAGACAUGCCUUCCCUGCAAAGAAUCCUGGGAAAUGCCCAGAAUCCUAGAGGAGAUAAUAAUAAUAAUAAUACCUCUGUCUGUUUCAUCAUCAUCAUCAUCAUAGUUUAUUUAUACCCUGUCCAUCUGGCCGGGUUUCCCCAGCCACUAUGGGCAGCUCUCAACAGAAUAUUAAAAACACAAUAGGACAUCAAACAUUAAAAACUUCCCUAAUCAGAGCUGCCCUCAGAUGUUUUCUAAAAGACAGAUAGUUGUUUAUUUCCUUGACAUCUGAUGGGAGGGCGUUCCACAGGGCAGGUGCCACUACCGAGAAGGCCCUCUGCCUGGUUCCCUGUAACUUCACUUCUCGCAGUGAGGAAACAGCCAGAAGGCCCUUGGAGCUGGACCUCAGUGUCUGGGAUGAACGAUGGGGGUGGAGACGCUCCUUCAGGUAUACUAGGCCGAGGCCGUUUAGGGCUUUAAAGGUCAGCACCAAGGCUUUGAAUUGUGCUCGGUUGGAGCCAAUGCAGGUCUUUCAGGACCGGUGUUAUAUGAUCCCGGUGGCCACUCCCAGUCACCAGUCUAGCUGCCACAUUCUGAAUUAGUUGUAGUUUCUGGGUAACCUUCAAAGGUAGCCCCACGUAGAGCACAUUGCAGUAGUCCAAGCAGGAGAGAGAGUUAGGAGAGAGAGUGCCCUGUUCACCUCGCAGAACUACAACCCCCAGAGUUCCAUGGGAAUAUGGCAGCAGCAUACCAUCGGCUGCCAGCACCCAGUUGGAGGGCGGCAUGAAAAGACACAACAGCUCACGAUGUCCUGCUAGCCCCACAGGCUGGCAGGGUGUCGUGAGCUAUGCACCCACAAAAAAACUGCACCCUGGGUGACAGCCCCCCCCCCGCCCCCAUGCUAUGCCUCUGGAGCAUGUGACCUGUGGGAUGUGAAACACAAGAGCAGUCAAGUACAACAUUCCUAGAGUGAACAUGUUUACACAUGGGGAGGAAUGUUUGUCCAGCCAGUAGGUAAACUUCCUGUUUCCUUCUGGGCUGGGACAGACUUCCUCUGCAUGUGACUAGAGGUGGGCGUGGCCUCACCUGUGCAGGUAACGACAAAAGCACAGGGCAGGGCAGCCAUCUCUCUCCCUUUUGACUACAUGCAUCGAAGAAGCAACAUCUGCUUAGCCAAAUAUGCUCUCUUGGCUCCAGCCAAGAGAGGACAAAGGGACUGUCUUCUUAUGAGAUAGUUUCUAGGUGUAUCUUACUUUUCUAAGCUAUGUCUGCCUUCUGGGAUCCUAUUGUGAACAGAAUGAUGUGUGAGUAAACCUUUUUAUACUUUUAUAGAAGACUGUGUCGUAUCUUGUCGUUUAUGAAGGAAUAAGGGGAAAAUACCAGAACAGUUAUUAUAGAGGCUUUAGCGAGCCUGAGCAAAUGCAUCCGCUGCAAGUUUAAAAAGGGGAAUGUUACUCUGCUAAAUUGUUGAACUUGUUAACACAAGUUGGAAAAGGAUAUAAUCCAACAAUAUAUCCUCUCCUGCAUCCCUGAACAUUCCCACAUGACCUCUGUGGCUGCUCUGUCUACUGUCCAAGGUCAAGACCCUGGUUCUUUCUUCCUAGGGUUCUUUUUCUUUAAGAUGGUCUCGAGCCCGGCAGCCCUUCAAAUAAAGGACUCAUAGAAUCAUAGAACUGUAGAGUUGGCAGGCACAGCAAAGCUCCAUACAGGACCCUCUGCAGAGAGGGUUUCCGUCUGCCAAGUAGGACACAUCACGGCCCUUAAUGUAAGUAUAGUAUACCUCUGACUGAGUGAAGUCUGGGAGAAAACUCUGUAGACUGUAUGUUUGACUCAGAACUGGUAACUUGACAUGCACUGCUCUCCUUUCUGUCGCAAAUUCGGCUGCGUGUCUUACUGUCUCCUCUUGCCGCUGUGAUCCCAUCACUCCUCUGCCUCGCUAACUUCCUUAGCUUUCAUUCAUCUUUUGUAUUAGAAUGUUCGAGCUAUCUUUCAUCUCAAAUGACUUCAUUCACUCGCUGCUCUCUAAUCUUUCAUCUCUGCUUCAGCUCUACAGUUCCAUCCUGCCCCCUCUCCUUGUUAGACAGAAGCAAACUCUCUACACGCCUGUGUUCAGCUCCUUCGGCCCUUAUCUUUGGAGUUCCCUUGCUAUCGACAUUUAUUCUGCUGCUUCUCUGUCUGCAUUCAUUUCACUUCUUAAUUCUUACCUCUUUCUUAGGCUUUUCCUAGAUACGAUUUCUGUUCACGGUUGACGUCUUUUUGUUCGGCUGUUUAACCAUCCCUUCCAUUCCCCUUUCUUUAAAUAUCAAGUGUUUAAGAUUGUGCUGUUUUGCUAAUUUUAAAAUACCUAGCAGUAGGCGAGAUAUAAAAUACAUAGAGAUAAAAUAGUGACCAUCGUUGUAGCAGCAGCAGCAGCAACAUAAGCGCCAGUGUCUUGGACCAGUGUCUUGCCCUAGGUAAUGGAAUGGAUAAGAGCCAACAAAUUAAAGCUCAGUCCAAAUAAGGCUGAGGCACUGUUAUUGGUUGGUUCACUAGACCAGAUGGGUGAGAGGUCAAUAAAAUGCAUAGAGAUAAAAUAGAGACCAUAGUUGUUGCAGCAGUAACAACAACAUAGGCGCCAGUGUUUUGGACCAGUGUCUUGCCUAGGUAAUGGAAUGGAUAAGAGCCAACAAACUGAAGCUCAGUCCAAAUAAGGCUGAGGCACUGUUAGUAGGUGGUUCCCUAGAUCAGUUGGGUGGGAGGUCACCUGGUCUUGAUGGGGUUACACUUCCUCUGAAGUAGCAGGUUCAUAGCUUAGGGGUACUCCUGUAUCCUUUGCUGUCGCUCAAGGCUCAGGUGGCGUCAGUGGCCCGGAGUGCCUUCCAUCAGCUUCAGCUGGUGGCCCAGCUACGCCCCUAUCUGCACAGGGAUACCCUAACUACUGUUGUCUAUGCUCUGGUAACCUCAAGGUUAGAUAACUGCAAUGCGUUAUACAUAGGGCUGUCUCUGAAGACAGUUUGGAAACUUCAGCUACUACAGAAAUCAGCAGCCAGGUUGCUCACCGGAGCAAGACGGUUUGAGCAUAUUACACCCAUCCUGAUCCAACUGCACUGGCUACCAAUUAGUUUCCGGGCCCAAUUGAAAGUGCUGGUUUUGACCUAUGAAGCAUGAAACGGCUCAGGACCGCAAUACCUUAAGGACCGCCUCUUUCCAUAUGAACCUGAGAUCACCUUCUGAAGCCCUCCUUUGUGUGCCCCCUACCUGAGAGGUCCAGAGGGUGUCAACACAAGAACAUGUCUUCUCUGCAGUGGCUCCCCACCUGUUGAAUGCUCUCCCCAGGGACGUUUGCCUGGCUCCUUCAUUAUAUAUCUUUAGGCGCCAGGGGAAAAUUUUCCUUUCUAACCAGGCCUUUGGCUGACCUAAUAAACAUUCUAUACCCUUUAAAAUGUGGGUCUUUUUUGGAGGGGUGUUAUUGGGUUGUUGUUUUUAUUUUGAUUAUAUAUAUUGUAGUCUUUAUGUUGAUCUUUUCUGUGAACUGCCUCUGGGUAUAGGGCAUUAUAUAAAUUCAAUAAACAACAACAACAUAUGUGGGGACAGGGCUGAGAGCCUCCCCGCAAUCUUGAGGGGCUGAGCCUCAUCGGGCCCCUCUGCAGUGGUGGCGGACCUUGGUGGGCCCCACAGACUCCUCCUGACAUGUGCGACAUCGCAUGUGUGAUGUCAUUUGUUAUGUACUGAAGUUCUCACCCUGGGCCAGCAGGGGGAUACUGUAGGUAGUUUUCACUCAGGUCCACAUACACAAAUAAGGAACUGAAAGUGGCGUUCAGUGAUUGGAUAGUUUCAGAAAGUUGUUACUGUUGCUUUGUAGUUGAGCUCUAUAUAAGCAGGUUGGCUGAACCCUUCAGCCCAGUUCUGUUCUGGGCCUGUGAAUAAACAAGAGGUGUUAGAAGAAUCGCUGUGUCGUCUGAUAUGUUCACCCACAACUUAAUAUCAUUUGCAUGCGAUGAGCUCCCCCCCAUGCCGAGCGGAACUCAUCAGCUCUGUAGCAGCAGGAACCACAGCUUGUGCUAUUGCUACUACCUAUCUCCACUAGCCCCAAAGGCUAUGUUGGAGAGAGACAUUCAUUUCCAGAAACAACACUAGGAACAACAUGGCGGUCAGGGACGGGGAGCAUGGAAGAUGAAGGGCACCCUUCUCAUCCUUAACCCGCCCCGUGUACUAAUAAUUGCCGUAUUUUUUGCUCUAUAAGACGCACCAGACCACAAGACGCACCUAAUUUUUGGAGGAGGAAAACAAGAGAAAAAAUAUUCUGAAUCUCAGAAGCCAGAACAGCAAGAGGGAUCGCUGCGCAGUGAAAGCAGCAAUCCCUCUUGCUGUUCUGGCUUCUGGGAUAGCUGCGCAGCCUGCAUUCGCUCCAUAAGACACACACACAUUUCUCCUUACUUUUUAGGAGGGAAAAAGUGAGUCUUAUAGAGCAAAAAAUGCAAUAUCCCAAAUGCCUCUUCACCUUCCCUCUAGCUGAGGCAUGCACACAUUUUUCUAUCCUAAACUGUUGGAAGGAAUGCAGUUCUGAACAUCUUCCCCUUCUUAUUUUUAGGCUGUGAAGAGUUACUGAAGGAUGCAUUGUCUGCUGAGGGCCUCAGACCUCAGCGCUACGAGACGGAGUAUGUGGAUUACUACUACCAGGUAAAAGGAGUCUCUGUUUUUAGGAUGUGAGGGUGAUCUGGCUGCGACAUCUGUCACCCCAUUGAUCGCCAGGGUUGAUUCGGCUGAUCUGGCUGGCUAGGCGGGUGUCCCCUUCCUCCCUCACCGCUCCAUGUGCGUCCCUCCCGAAGCUGCACGCUUGGUGGAAGAGGACGACCAUCCCAGAUAGAAGGAGUGUACCGUUCUUCGGUCAAGGGUAUAUGAUAGCUGUGCUCCCCUGCUAGAACCUCCAAACAAGCUCAAAAGGAGUCUCUGUUUUUAAAACCUCUGUGUGGAAUUGGUCGGCAGAGGGUGGGAAGUCGAGCAUUCCAGCAAUUUCUGCCACUUUGCACAAGGCCUCUUUCUGCUCAUGUUACCCAGUUGCAUUUAUGGAUAGUGGAUGUGGCAGUCAUCAACUCAAGGUGAAAACAUUGGGAGAGCCAAGCAAGUUAUUUGAAAAUUUGAGGGCAUUUCAAUGGUCCUGAGUACUCAUUGUAUUUCUGGGCUCUGGGGACAAGAAGUGUUAUUUUCAUGCAGAUCAAGGUACACAUGGUGGAGAUUGCAAAACUGAAAAUUCUUUGUUGAUGGAAACAGGGUUUGAGAUAUAGCUUGCCCGACAAGGUCGUGGUGGUUUCACAUUUGGGAUAUGAAAGUACUUACAACGUUUUGCGUAGCUUUUCUGACUUGAAGGUCUCUUGGUUCAGAGGAGCUUCUCUGUUGUCUAGUAGGUUGCACCAGAAAUGACAAUGACACCGCAACCAUCGACUCAGUGGAAGUAUGAUGGAUGUGCACAUCCUGUUUCAUUUCUGAUCGUAAACUAGAUUCUAGUUGAGUGAGCUUUUCCCAAAACCAGAUGUUUGCAGGUGGAAAAUGAUGCUUCAGUUAUUGGUGGCACCUGACAGAUGGAUAGUGUGGUUCAAGACAACACCAGAUGAAGUUUACUGAAGGGUGCACACACUCAAACACUUAUGGUGUUUUUAAUAUUCUUUUGGGAGCCUCCCAGAGUAGCUGGAGAAAUCCAGCCAGGUGGGCGGGGUAUAAAUGAUAUUAUUAUUAUUAUUAUUAUUAUUAUUAUUAUUAUUAUUAUCAUUAUCUGUUUCUGCUCCUCCUCCUCCAAUCCUCUCCUGGUCGUGGGAGACAGUGGAGCAGGAGAGGUGGGGGCAGGAGGACGUGGUGUGGAAGGCCUUGACUAUACCAGCCAGACCUACCUCUCUCUCCUGCUGUACCUGUCUGUCAAGCUCCAGCCAGGUGAGCUGACCUCCAUUGCCAGAAAGAAUUCAGCAUGUGAUGAGCCAUUCAGCCACAGUUCUUUGAAUAGGUUGCAAAAUUUUGGCAUGGCAGCAUGUUGUGUUGGGGCCCCUACAGAAAACCGCUGGACUUGCCACUGACUGCCCCUUUGUGAAGGCACUGAGAAUCCUAAAUCAGGAUUCAACUCGUAAUAGGAUUUGUCCCAGUGCUCAAAAUUGAGAAAAAAUGUGAAGAUGCAAUCCAGGGGGUUGUCUGAUGGAAACUACACCUCAGACUAGGGUGGUUUGACUUUACUUCUUAAUAAAUGCAAGACAAAGUGUUUCUGAGAUAUGGGGCUUGCUAGAAAUCUCCUAGCUUUCCCUUUAAAAGUAAUUACGUGUUUUUCCGUGUAUAAGACGAGGUUUUUAUUAUUAAUAUAUUAUGUUUAAAAUUUGGGGUCGUCUUAUACACAGAUAGUGCAGAGGGGGGACGGGCUCAACAACUCUGGGCAAUCCUGCCCCCCCAAAAACUUAACAACUCUUGGCAACCUCCCCUCAUUUUCUUAAUUGUAUUGUAUUACCGUAUUUUUCGCACUAUAGGACGCACUUUUUCCCCUCCAAAAAUGAAGGGGAAAUGUGUGUGCGUCCUAUGGUGCGAAUGCAGGCUUUCACUGAAGCCUGGAGAGCGAGAGGGUCGGUGCGCACCGACCCUCUCGCUCUCCAGGCUUCAGGAGAGCCCCAGCGCCAGCCCCACAAGGUCGGGGGACAGAGGGAGGCGGAACGCCGUCAUCCCGCUGUCUCCCGAUGGGGUUUGGUGGCUGCGGGGGGGAGCCCCCGCCGCCGGCCCCGCAAGCUCCGGGGACAGCGGGGAGACGCCGCGCGUCCCCCCGCUGUCCCCGGACCUGAUCGCAAGGCGGGCGGCAGGGAGAAGAGCGCUUCUCCCCGCUGCCUGCCCCCAAGCUCCGGGGACAGCAGGGAGACGCAGCGCGUCUUCCCGCUGUCCCCGGACCUGAUCGCAAGGCGGGCGGCAGGGAGAAGAGCGCUUCUCCCCGCUGCCUGCCCCCAAGCUCCGGGGACAGCUGGGAGAUGCAGCGCGUCUUCCCGCUGUCCCCGGACCUGAUCGCAAGGCAGGCGGCAGGGAGAAGAGCGCUCCCCGCUGCCUGCCCCCAAGCUCCGGGGACAGCUGGGAGCGCAGCGCGUCUUCCCGCUGUCCCGGACCUGAUCGCAAGGCGGGCGGCAGGGAGAAGAGCGCUUCUCCCCGCUGCCUGCCCCCAAGCUCCGGGGACAGCUGGGAGAUGCAGCGCGUCUUCCCGCUGUCCCCGGACCUGAUCGCAAGGUGGGCGGCAGGGAGAAGAGCGCUUCUCCCCGCUGCCUGCCCCCAAGCUCCGGGGACAGCUGGGAGACGCAGCGCGUCUUCCCGCUGUCCCCGGACCUGAUCUGUAGGCGGGCGGCGGGGAGAAGAGUGCUUCGCCCCGCUGCCGGCCCCCCAGCCCCGGGGACAGCGGGGAGAUGCAGCGCGUACUCCCGCCGUCCCCGGACCUGAUCGCAAGGUGGGCGGCAGGGAGAAGAGCGCUUCUCCCGCUGCCUGCCCCCAAGCUCCGGGGACAGCUGGGAGGCGCAGCGCGUCUUCCUGCUGUCCCGGACCUGAUCUGAAGGCGGACUGCGGGAGAAGAGCGCUCCCCGCUGCCGGCCCCACAAGCGCCUGGGGGGGGAAAUAAUUUUUUUUCUUUAUUUCCCCCCCAAAAAACUUGAUGCGUCCUAUGGGCCGGUGUGUCCUAUGGUGCGAAAAAUACGGUAUAUUGUAUUUUAUGCUUUUUUGUUGUUGCAUCAAUUAAGUGUUUUAAAUUUGUUGUUAGCCACCCUGAGCCCGGUUUUCUGAACUGGGAAGGGCGGGGUAUAAAUAAAAAUUUAUUUAUUCAAUUAUUUAAUUUGGAGUCCGCCAAAAUAGGGGGUGGCUUAUACACGGGGGCGUAUUACACACGGAAAAAUACGGUAUUUUUGGAUUGUUGUUACCCUGUCCUAGUGCCUUGCAUGCAUUCUGCUUCCUGGGUGGCAAUGGAGGGAUUCACGUCAUGCCUGCUAAUGUCAGUAAAAAAAUAUUUAGCACAAUCUUUGGGGGUUUUAAUUGGUCUCGAUAUGCACAUAGACAGAGGAGCAUUGUAGCGUCACCAACGAUCCUGCCUCUGCCCGGGUGUGUGUGUCUAUUUCCUAUGUUUCCUUGUGCUCAUCCUCAAUGAAACAGAAAUCAAUAAUUCCUGGGCUGUGUGCCAUGCACUUGUUCUUUUCUAUUUGCUGAGAGCUGCUGUCAAAGAGCGUGAUCCUUUUCUCUACUGCACAGAGACACAUCACGCAGCAUCAGACCUUGUGCGCUGGGUCCAGGGCAGAGAUGAUCCUGCUCUGCCCCCCCCAUGGUAAAAGUAAAGGUGGUGGCAGCAGUUAUUAGCAUGACUGCGCCGUUGUGGGGGCAGCGUAGCCCAGGGGAGUGGGGCAGGGAGGCAGCUGCACCCCCAAAUUCAUAAAACUAGUAAAAAGCAUUGAAAGUACUCAAUUAAUUAAGAUUCUACACCCACACACCAAGCAGAAGUCUGUAUCAGUUUGCAUUUCUUAGUGCAGAAAGUAUUCAUCUGAUGUGUAGAGAUCUUUCCUUUUCUUCUUAAUUCAAGUGGGUUCUGGAAGCUUCUCUGCGUGAAAGGAACAAGCAGAAGGUUCGUGAUGUUUGGGUUAUUCCUUCAAAGAAGCUGAGCUUAAACUGGUUUUGUUAUCUCUUCUGCCAAGUUUCUUGGAAAUCUCCUGGAAACCUUAUCGCUGAAGAAGCCCAAUGGAAGAAAUGAGGGUGUAUCCUGAGAACUGGUCUAUCAUCAGCUGCCUUGUUGUUACUAAGUAGCUCUGUUUGUUACACUCUCAAGACGUAGGACUAUGCAGAAGGCAAGUUCGUUUGUUAGACUUUUAAGACAUAGGAUGAUGCAGAAGGAAGAUAUCAGUAUGAAAUGGCAUUGCCAACAGGAACUGUACAUUGUAAUCGUUGGACUUGACAAUCUUUGGACUUGACUAUCCUUGGACUUUAUAUAUAGAAGGUUAUAUAGAAGGUUAAUAAUAAUAU